GAGCUCCCCAGACCGGAAGCGGAAGUGUAAAGCUCUUUCCGCUGCUCCCUCUUACUGUCCUUUUGAAGAUUCGUUUUAAACCCCCCCUCCCCCUCCUUUCUCCUCCACUCCUUGACAGCGGCUCCUCCUGGGCGACCUCCCCAGCCUGCAGCUCGCCCUCCUCCUCUCUCCCUCCCCGGGGAAAGGGGCACCGGCCGCCGCCAUUUUACAACCGGGAAGACGGAAGGUGCCGGAGCCUGCCACAUCCCAGAGCGUCUCCCCGGAUCCCACCCAACCGGGUAAGGCCGGACACAGCCAGCUACAUGCACACCGCCUGUCCCGUAUUGACAUGUACACACGGCACUCCAUCUUUUAACUCCCCGAGUGCCGGGACUGAGCUCUGGCAGUGAGAGGGUUAAGCAGGGCCCCUUGUGGGUCAGGGCAUGCCGCCCAGAGAGCGGCUGUCAGAUAUCGGCAUAGCUGGGGUUAAUCUCUGACACCUCCCAUGUGUGCACAAUUCAUAGUAUAGGCAAUAGGUAAUGCCUGUCUGGUGCUGCCUGUGUCUCUCUCAGUAUUGAGCAAAACUGAAGACAGGAAAGGGUUAACUAGUGAGCGUUCAAAGUCCGUUUCAAUUUUAAGACCAAAGUAGCUGAACAGGAAGCUGUAUUGGAGAAUGUGUCUACUUCUGCUACUUUCAACCUGAAAUUCACUUUAAUGAAUAAUGCUGUUUUAGAGUGUGUGUGUGUGUGUGUGUGUAUAUAUCAUAUAUAAUUUUAGCAUUGUUUGUGUGCUUUGUAAUUGGUUAAGUUGCUGCUGCCUAGUUACUUGCAACAUUGUAUACAGUCAGAAACAUUUUGUGUGUGUGUGUGUGUGUGUGUAUAGUAAAAAAUACACUACUAAAGUACUACAUUGGGCACCUGCUCCUAAUAAAAUACGUAGAAUAACUUAAUGUUUACUUGGAUCCGUUGGACAAGAAGAACGCGUUUUGAAUAAGCGUUUGUUUUACUUUAUUUCAGUUUUUAGGUGGGCAGUAGAUUAUUUCUUGGAGCAUUUAACAGGGACACUACGGUCACCAUAACCAUUAUAGCUUAAUAUAGUGGUUCUGAUAUCUAUAGCCUGUCAAUGCAGGCUUCUCAUUGGAAACACUGCCUCUUCAUUCUGCCACUAGAGGUGUUUCCUUCUCAGUGGUGGGUAGUGUGCAUCAGCUAGGUUCAAUGAACCCUUUGAGAAAUAAACCAUAAGUCUAGAGAUCAACAGCAAAAACCCAAAUGUGAGGAAGGCUGAACUUGAUGGACACAUGUCUCUUUUUAGCCUAUGUAACUAACUAUGCUGCGAGAUGGACUAAACUAGUGACAGUGGAUUUAAGUUCUCUACAACUCACUCUCUAUUGUACAAACCGUAUAGUUCCUUUUUCAGUUCUGCACGAUUUCUAGGUUAAUGACUAAAUUGCUUAUAGGGUUAAGUGAGAAGUUUUUGGAAUUCAACCUGAAGUUUAAGUUAAGGCCAAUGUAACAAACUGGAAAACUUGCUGGGUUUAGCAAGCACAACACAAAAUGUGGGCGUAAGCUGUGUGAUUUGUAGUGGUGCCCUCUAUCCACAUGGAAAGAAAGAAGGCGUAUACCGCGCCUAGUAAUUUAUAUAUGCUAAAAAUACAUACAUAUAUCCUUGAGUAUUCCAAUCAAUCGUAACCUCGGAAAAAAUUAAGAUCAGAAAUAAUAGUGCAAUACAGUAGAUUAUAUCUUAAAAACAGUCAAUAAUAGCUAUGUACAGUCCACUCACAUUUGAAUGAGCUAUAACAGAGCUCUACUGUGAAGCGCCUGGACGGUACAAUCCCCGUCUUUGGAUUCGUAGUAGUUGCCACGGAUGUUCUCAAAGUGCAAUGUGCAUAGUAGAUAUAAGGAGAGAUAGUAGCAAUAUGGUGAAGUAAGUACUAAUAAUAUAAUAAAUAAUAAAAAGUAUUGUACUUACACUUUCUAGAGCAUAUAACUUGCUCUAGUAUAAACAGCUUAGGUGGUAUAAUCCCCACCAAGGAUAUACAGGAUCCAGGAAUUAAGAAAAUAAUAAAUAUAAAAAGUAGGGAUCGACCGAUAUUGAUUUUUCAGAGCCGAUACCGAUACCGGGGGCAGAGAGCAAGCGCUUACUCACCUCCCAGCAGCUCCUCCAGCUCCCCAGUGUAACUCUCGCGGCCAGCGUGUCGCGCGCAGCGUUGCCAUGGUGAUCCAUGGCAACGCUCUGACGGCCGCGGGUCUCGCGAGAGUUACACUGGGGAGCUGGAGGAGCUGCUGGGAGGUGAGUAAGCGCUUGCUCUCUGCCCCCCCCCCCCAGGACCGCCGGGCUUGUAAUGAGCCUGGCAGUCCUAGGAGGUAUUAUCGGCAAUAUCGGUAUCUGAAUUGGCCGAUACCGAUAUUGCCGAGAAUACUGAAUAUCGGCCGAUUAUAUCGGUAAAACCGAUAAUCGGUCGAUCCCUAAUAAAAAGUAACUUUAAAAAGUAUACUUUAAUAUAAUUAUAACAGUAAAGGAUAAAAAAAAAAAUAUAUAUAUAUAUAUAUAUAUAUAUAUAUAUAUAUAUAUAUAUAUAUAUAUAUAUAUAUAUAUAUAUAUAUAUAUAUAUAUAUAUAUAUUAGUGAGGGCUUGCACUCCUGGUGUAAUCCUGUGGUGCCCGGUGCUGGUCUGGCAAGGAUCAUGUAGACAUAGCAGAAAUGACCGCACUCCUUGGACUUUAUAGAGAUUUUCAAAUAAAAUUUAGCUUUUAUUCAAUCCAUUUAAAAAGUUGACUUUUUAAAUGGAUUGAAUAAAAGCUAAAUUUUAUUUGAAAAUCUCUAUAAAGUCCAAGGAGUGCGGUCAUUUCAUAUAUGUGUGUGUGUGUGUGUGUGUGUGUGUGUGUGUAUAUAUAUAUAUAUAUAUAUAUGUCCCACUUUACGCGUUUCGCCUAAACAGGGUAGUAGGCAGCAAUAUGUUGAACUGUGCUGUUCAGUUUGUGUAUUGAAAAUCACAGUGAGAAGCGUGGAAGUGCCUCUAGCGGCUGUCAAUGAGACAGCCAUUAGAGGCUGGAUUAACCCAUUUGUAAACAUAGCAGUUUCUGUGAAACUGCUAUGUUUACAGCAAAAAGGGUUAAAUCUAGAGGGACCUGGCACCCAGACCACUUCAUUAAACUGAAGUGGUCUGGGUGUCUAUAGUGGUCCUUUAACAAUUUGAACAACACUUCCAGCCUACUCAAACACAGGGUUAUUCACUAAAGAAAGAAUUCAAAGUGAACUUAAAAUUUUAAAGUCAAAUUAGCUGAACUGGAAAUAUUCUCCAGUUCAGCUAUGCUUUUAGUUUGGCAACUAUGAACUUAAAUUUGAUAUAUAGACUUUGCAUUCUCACUUUAGUGAAUAACCCUGUCAAUUUGUAUUUUUUGUAAAUAUUGCAUCUAUUAGGCAAAUUGUCAAGUGUAUAUAUGUGUGUGUUGCUUUUUACCUCAGACAUGGUCCAGUAUUUUUUUUCUCUCGUCUAUUGUUUUUCAUCGCUAAUUAAAGGACCAUUCUAGGCACCCAGACCACUUCAGCUUAAUGAAGUGGUCUGGGUGCCAGGUCCUUCUAGGGUUAACCCAUUUUUUUUAUAAACAUAGCAGUUUCAGGGAAACUGCUAUGUUUAUCAAUGGGUUAAGCCUUCCUCCAAAUCCUCUAGUGGCUGUCUCAUUGACAGCCGCUAGAGGCGCUUGCGUGAUUCUCACUGGGAAAAUCACAGUGAGAGCACGCAAGCGUCCAUAGGAAAGCAUUAUGAAUGCUUUCCUAUGCGACCGGCUGUAUGCGCGCGCAGCUCUUGCCGCGCGUGUGCAUUCAGCCGACGGGACAGGGCGGAUCGGAGGAGGAGAGGAGGCAGAGAGCUCCCCGCCCAGCUCUGGAAAAAGGUAAGUUUUUACCCCCUUCCAGAGCCGGGUGGGAGGGGGACCCUGAGGGCAUGUUUUCCUGGCACUAUAGUGGUCCUUUAACCAUCUCUCCAUUGUGUAUAGCAUGUAUGAAACUUAUGUAGCAGGAAUACAUAAAGGAAUCUUAUAUGCACCAAAACAACUUUAGCUUAUUGAAGCAGUUUUGGUGUAUAGAUCAUGCCCUUGCAGUUUCACUGCUCAAUUCUCUGCUAGUUUGGAGUUAAAUCACUUUGUUUAUGCAGCCCAAGGCACACCUCCCUGCAUGUGACUGAAACAGCCUUCCUAAGCACAUACUGUAAAUGGAGAUCUAAUGUUUAAACAUAUUUGAUCAAUCUGUUUCAUUUAGAAUUUCAUAUCUUUGGCUCUUGUGUGUAAAGUAAGUUAAGAUCUGAUUUUUUUUUUCCCCCUUCAUGUAAGAUUUGACAGUCACAGCUAGGGGAGGUGUAGAGAAUUGAGCAGUGAGACAGCAGGCCAUGAUAAACACCCAAACUUUUUAAUUAUGCAGAUGUUUUAAUGCAUGUACAGGGCUGCCAUCAGAAAGUUUGGGACCCCUUACAUCGCUUAAGGCCUGGGCCUGCCCCAGAAUCAGCCCACCUCAGAUGUCUCCAACAAGGAUACUGUGUAUAUGUGUAAGGGAUGUGGGGUAGGCUAGAGGCUUUUGAAGUUUAUGGAGUCCAGGAGACUCCGGUACGUAGAUUUGUUUCUUUCGCUCGUGCGCGCCAGCAGUAACCAUGGGGGCGUAUGAUGUGUAUAAUUUCUUCACAUAGAGAGCAUAUAUAUUUGGGGAUUAUACACAAUAGCACAGUGGUUCCCCUACCAAUCCAAUAUUUAGGGAUUACCCAGUUGUGUCUAAGGUGUUUUUUAGGAAGGGGAAAAAAUACAACUGAUUAAUGCCUGAAUUAGUUUAGGAACCACUGCCUUAGCAUGUAGGACUCAUCCAGCUUCAGUGUGGACAUAGUUGCAUGUAUUAGAACACAAUAUUUAAAGGAAACCCCCCCUCGACCUCCCCUUAAAAAAACCAAAAAAACUACUUUCUGACUUCUUUUAAAUCUCUCGGGUGGCUUUGCAGACUUGUGAGUUGGAUCCUAAAUGUACAGUUAUACUUGUACUGUAAGUGAAACACACAAAGAUAUUACUGACACUGUAUCAAACAUAUGUUUUCAUUCUUAUCUUAAAAGAGAAGAGAGAAGAAAAUAAUGUAAACUAUCACACAUCUACAAGUCUGGUCCCAUAAUUCAUUAUUUAUUUAUUUUUAUUAGUUAAAAAAUUGUUGUGUUUUUUUUCUUCUCACUUUAAUUUUUUUGUGAUUUUGUAAAUGGAGGUGAUAGUUUUAAUAUGGUUCCAAAUUAAUUAGUUCUCAUUUCUGGCCUAUAUUGUUUCUAUAGCAAGUGGUGUGUACUAUCCUUAUGUCACUCCAGCCUUGUAAAGGGCCUCAUUCAUGACAGGAGAAAUUUUCCUCCCCUUACAUAAUCAUUUCACCUCCUACCUGCUGUUGCAGCUUUAGGACAGAGAAGGUGGUGCACGCUCUCUCUCUCUGCCUCCCUCUCCGUGGAUUGCAAUUACUACGCAGCAGUAUAGGACUGAGAUUUAUACAUUCAUUUACUGGAUAAUACAUUUUGAUUUGACUUUGCAGUUGCUUUAUUUUUAAUAUAAUAAUAAUAAUAAUAAUAAUAAAUAUAUAUUUAUAAAAACAUUUUAUUUUUUUUUAAGAUCCUGAGAUGUAUUUUUUUGAGAACUUUUCAAUAAUAUAUAUAUUUUAAUGUUGCAUUCCUGUUCUGUAGCAGAAUAACUAAACCCCAAUUGCAUCCUUUUGUGUACCCCUUUACUCCAUUAUCCAGCAAUCUGGAUUCUUAUUGCUGCAAGAAUUAUUCAUGCGAUUUGAUUAUUAAACUUAUUUAGGGCAAGUCUUACAGUAAUUUGAUUAAUCAGUGGUGUCAUCAAGAAUGAUGUGACAUACAACCAUUAAGUAAUUCGGAUAAUAUUAUUUUUGUGUUUUUCAUGUUGUCUGCAUUGUGGAGUAUCAAUAUUUGUUAAAUUUUUUUUUUUUUUUUUUUUUCAAUAUCAGUUGGUGUGUUUUUUUAUAAUCAGUUGAUAACCUUUUCCUCUUGUUACUUUUCCCCUGAGGAUAGAGGUAGUAAAUACACACAUGAAGAGAACUUCAGCUAUCUCCUGCAGGACAGGCAGCCCACAAAAACAGAGCCUUUUAAAAGUUAAGCCCAUUCUACCCUUGCUCCUCCUAAAAAUAUAAAAUAACUCAAUACCCUAUGAAACAAAGUUCUCUGUCAAUUCUCGGCAGCGCUCGUGGCCUAUUAGAAUUGCAGUGAUGGGGCUACGGCACUGGGAGUCUGAUAAUUGAUGGCUUUGUAGAGCUGCAACAUGGCCAGUGGAUGUUAGGCCUCUUUGUGGAAAGUUUUUAUUUUUUUGCGUUCAAUUCUGCGGUUGCCAGUCGGUUUUUGAAGUGUGCACUCACCUGUCCUCCAGCAUACUGUGAGGCUUAUUAAAACACUCCAGGCACCCUAACAAUUUAAUAAAAAUAACAUUGUUAUGGGACGAGGAGGUCCCAGACAGUGGCUUACUGCUCACAAAUGAUCAACCACAUAGUCUCCCCACCAAUGCCGUUUUUGCUUUACCCCUCCAACAUCUGUUUUUUUUUUUUUUUUUUUUUUUUUUUUUUUGGAAAAACUUAAAAACUGGAGCAUCAGGGUUGCCAAUGAUUGGCUUACAGCAGUCAGCUGACAUUUUAAGCCAGUCAGUAGCUGUCCACUCACAAAACGGCUUCUUCCUCCUUUACCGGUCUGUUAAAAAACACACUGACUUGGGCCGAAGGUCUUUACUCUCUUUCAGCAGUUCACAUAACCGGGACCUUCUGGCAGAGGACAUAGCCAGGGUACUGGUGUCUUUCUCCGUAGCGCCUUUUUUUUUUUUUUCUUCAAGAGAUAAUUCAAAGAUUUGGUCAGUUUUAAGAUUAAUCUUAUAGUAUCAACAUUAAAGGGACACUAUAGACAACCAAACUACUUCCACUCAUUGAAGUGGCCUAUGUGCAGUGCACCUGUUUGUUUAAUCCUGCAAUGCAAAAGUAGCAAUUUCAGAAACCAGACAACCACUAGAUGAACUUCCUUUCUAAUGUAGUUUUACGUCAUGAAAUAUUUUGAUGCCUUCAUUUUCCCCAUAGGAAAGCAUUGCUUGAAUGCUUUCCUAUGGGGAAGCUUUAAAGUGCAUGCUGUGCUUGCCACACAUGCACAAUAGUUCUUCCCCCCCACCCUCCCCCCCGCCUCAUUGCCAUGGCAUCGCAAGAGCAUACCUAGUCAGCACCAAGGGAACAUUGGUGAUGGAAAGAGGUAAGUGCUCGGAGGUGGUGGACAUUAACACUAUAGCGUUAGGAGUACAGCUUCGUAUUCCUAAUGUUCUAGUGUUCCUUUAAAUACAUGAGUUUUGUUUCUUCCAUCAAAAGGAGCAAUAGUGCAGACUUCUGCAUUUGCUAGCCAUGAAAUAAAAUUUCCAUCUAAUACAUUUUUCUCUCCAAAUAUCCUUAUUCCAAGGGUAGUAAAAAAUAAAUACAAUCUUCAAAGAGAAGUUGGUUCACCAAUCUGAUGUACCUUUUUAGGAGAUAAAUGCUGGAUGCUAACCUUUUUAGGAGUACAUUUUGGAGUAUCAUCUGGUCCCUUUUAACCCCUUAAGGACCAAACUUCUGGAAUAAAAGGGAAUCAUGGCAUGUCAUGUGUCUUUAAAGGCUUAAAGACUUUCAGUUUGAGAGCAUGGCAUCUGAACUGUAUAUAAUCUUUUCCAGGGAUUUAGACGCAGAUGUUAUCAGUGGUUUUUGUUCAAGCAAACAAGGAGUCCACAAGAGUAAAGUUUAGUCAUAUAUUUGGAAAAAGUUUGCGUCUUGCAAUCUUAGAAGGUACAAAUUUCAGCAAUCCGUUUCUUCUUCAUUAGAGAUCUAGCAUUGUAACACUUGAUGUACUGACUCAUAGUUUAAUUAUAAGAGACAUGCUUCCAUCAAGUUCAGCAUUUUUCACAUAGAUUUUGCUGUUGAUUUAGAAAAAGACAAAAAAAAGUUUGAAGCGCUUUCCAGUUUUGCAACAAACCAGGAAACAAAUUCCUUGUCAGACCUAGAAUGCCAGUGAGAUCGCUCAUUGGUUCAUGAAGCGGUUACCUCAUGUAAAUUACAUCUGUGAAUAUUAUUUUUUGCAAGUAUUCAUCCAGUUGAUGUUUAAAGGAUCACUAUAGUGUCAGGAAAACAAAGCGGUUUUCCUGACACUGUAGUGCCCUGAGGGUCCCCCUCCCCUGGUGCUGAAGGGGUUAAAAUCCCUUCAGCCACUUACCUUAAUCCAGCGCCGGGCUCCCUCGGCACUGGUGACCUCUCCUUCCCUUCCGUCACUGGAGCCGAAUGUGCAUGCGCGACAGGUGCCGCGCGCACUUUCAAAAUGUCCAUAGGAAAUUCACCUCCAGCGUCGCAGAUGCGCAUCUAGUGGCUGUCCGGAAGACAGCCACUAGAGGCUGGAAUAACCCCAAAUGUUAACAUAACUGCUAUGUUUACAUGUGUAGGGUUAAAACCCGAGGGACUUGGCACCCAGACCUCUUCAUUGAGCUGAAGUGGUCUGGGUGACUAUAGUGUCCCUUUAAACAACAGUGCAAACUCUGAUAAAAGCACAACUUUAGGCAGAUAAUUCUGCAUCACUAGUGCUUUCUGUAAAAAAACUAACAAAAAAACCCCCCUUUCCUUUGCCUUAGAUUAAGUUUUUCUUCCAGUUUAAAUAGGUGACCUCUAAUUCCGCUCUAGUAUAAAAAUAGUAAUCGUUUAAUUUUAAACGAUUGACUUGACCUCAGUUUCCAAAGAAUGGAUGUUGCCUGUAUACAAGAGACCCAUUUUAAAAGUCCUGUUGCCUCUAGCAUCUUCUCAGCAUAUUACCCCACACAGUUGCAUGCCUAAUUUAAUACCAAGUCUAAGGGAGAAUUCAUCUUAAUACAUAGGGAUGUAUCUUUCCAAUUGCAAAGGAAACUAACUGAUGAUCAGGUUAGAUACACUAUUUUAUUUGUCCUGAUUAGUAAUGUGCAAAACACACCUGAACCAGUAUGCUUACCCAACUCGCACCAUAGAAAUUACUUGCACUAAUUUUUAACCAAAGUGGGUAAACCUAAAGCGGGAGGGCUUAUAGUUUGUGGGGACUUCAGUGUUAUUCAAUUUCUCUCUAUCUGGAUUCGUCAGCAUCUCAUUCUGCCUGUAGGAAAAGACCAUUCCAGAUUGAGUUGUAGCCUAGUUAAAUUUAGACUUAUUUGGCCUGUAUGAUGGGUGGAGAAUAUGUAUAUGUUACUCCCCAGCACAUGACGCACUAGAAUUGACACUUUUUUCCUGGAUGCCACUUCCCUGGACCAGUAUGGGAUGAUUUUGUGAUCUGACCAUAGCCCAGUGACUUUUUUUUUUUUUCUCAAAAUACUCUACCACAUUAUAAUUUACAUACAGACCAGACAACACCACAACUGACUAAUCAGGACAUUUCCAAUUAUCUGUCUCACAUAACAUUACUGCAACUAACCCCACAAUAAUCGGAGCACCUCACAAGUUCCUUCACAUUGGAUAAGGUGUUGCCAGUAAUCAAAUAUGCAGACUGGCAAGUACCCAGAUGGUUUUCAACACAAGUAUCAACACAAUAAUAUAAACAAAUUUGGCCAAGUGCUUGCAUGGUAUCUUCUUAAAGUGUAUCACCGAGCUGCAUUGAGGGGUACUCUCCAAUCUACUAUAAAAACACAUUAUUCUGAUAAAUCCCCCUACAUCAUGCACACAUUACAGAUCAAUCUCUAUGCAAACCUAUGCAAAAAUGUAUGCUAAAUUGAUUGCUAAGCACUUAAAUUCUUAACUUCCACAAUUAGUGGGGUAUGAUCAAAUUGGGUUUGUGUGGGGAAGACGAGAUGUGGACAAAACAAGAUGCCAGCGUCCAUAGGAAAGCAUUGAUAGUGCCGCGCAUUCGCAUUCAGCCGAUGACGGGGAAAGGAGGAGGCGAGUCCCCAGCGCCGAGGGAGCCAGACGCUGGAGAAAGGUAAGCCUGUAACCCCUUCCUCCCUGUAGAGCACGACGGGAGGGGGGCCCUGAGGGUGAAGGGGAUCCAAGGACCCUAUAGAGCCAGGAAAACAAGUGUUUUCCUGGCACUAUAGUGUCAACUAUUGAGGUAGUCUGGUUUGGGGUGGUCUACCACUGGCCUUAGAAGCUGAGAAGUCCUUUGACCACCUGAUCUGAAGAUUCCUGGAGCAGAUGCUCAACAACAACAAAUUUGUUGUUGGGUAUUAUGUAUAGCUAAAAUAGCGUUAAAUGGACACUCAGCUACCCAGACCACUUCAUCUAAUUGAGGUUGUUUGGAUGACGUGCUCAAGUCCCCUUAAAUUUCAUGGUGAAAUGUUAAACUGUGCAGUUUCAGCCCAUUGGGGAGUCUUUGACCUCUAAUAAUUGCAUCAGCUGACAGAGGGGCACCCCAGGUAUUCAUUGAUACCCAGGUCUCCUUGGUGUGAGCAGGGAUUUAACCCAGCUUACACCGCGUUUGAGCAAUAGGUAUUUAAACGUCUAUUUAAAGGGAUAUUGUAGUGCCCUCCGGUAAACAAAAAGUUAAAAUGCAAAUGCUGUGCGUAUUAGACCUCCCCAUAGGAAAGCAUUCAAUCAAUGCUUUCCUAUUGGGGGGAGGGGGAAGGAGAAUCUGACACUGGUGGUCCUCAUGCAAAGCGUGAGGACGUCCAGCAACAGAUAUCGAACCAAAGGUCAGUUUCAAACCUGGAAGCCCUCUAGACUAGUGGCCACUAGAGGCUGACUUAGUGCUGCAAUGUAAACAUUGCAGUUACUCUGGAACUGGAAUGUUUAACAUUGCAGCACUAAGCGUACCCAGACCCCGUCAAUGAGGUGAAGUGGUCUGUGUCUACAGUGUCUGUUUAAAUGGAUGUAGAAGCGCUCUCUAUAAUCUCUGCAUACAGCGCAUCUGUCAUACUUAGGCCACAAGCUGACAGAGGAGGGCUGCAGGUAUUUGAUACUUGGGUUUCCUGAUGUGGGUGUGGAUUUAACCUUGUUGAUACUAAAUUGUUGCAAAGGAGAGCCCCAGAUAUUUAUUGAUACCUGGGGCUCCCUGGUGUCAGCAGGUAUUUAACCCUGCUGAUGUCAAAACUACAGGACAUUCCACGUGGUCCUAACUGCAUUAAAGACCACUCUGGAGGACAUCAUGUAACUUCCUUAUUUACUUUUACUUUUAAAUAACAUAUAAAAUAAUGUGUUUGUUUUUUUUGUUUUUUUUUUUUUAAAUAUAAUUGUUUCUUAUGGUACAAAUUGAUAAAUAUAUAAUUUAUAAGCAUUUCUCCUGUACUGUUUAAGGACUAAAACCAUGUUCGUUUAAAUUGGUAAACAUACUUCUUUUCUGACACCUCCAUAUAAACUCAAUUUAUUUUUUCCCGCAGUGAACCAUGUUUUGGAAGUUUGAUCUGCACACUAGUUCACAUGUGGACACUCUCCUAGAGCGUGAAGAUGUUACACUGUUUGAGCUUUUGGAUGAAGAAGAUGUAUUGCAGGAAUGCAAGGUUGUGAACCGCAAGCUGGUGGAUUUCCUAGUGCAACCACAACACAUGGAAGAACUAGUCACAUGCAUAACAGAAGAGCCUCCAGAUGAUGUGGAUGAAAAGAUGCGAUAUAAGUAUGUAUAUUGGAAAUAUUUAAAGGGCAACUGUCUUUUCACGAUUUUUAAAUACUAUGUUUAUUUAUCCCCUUUUUUCAACAAAUCCAUGUGUGAGAGGGUUGUAACAUAGAAUAUUCACUCUGCAGUAUUUACUUCUGAAUCUGUCUUCCUCCCUUUCACUCAUUGUUAAAAGCUCUGCCCUUAAAGUCUGUGCACCAGGCAUUCAGCAAAGAGAGAAUGCAGUGUGUUUCUCCUGCUCCAAUGCCAUAAGUGCAUGGAGCUUUAAACAUUGGGGAAGAAAUGCAUGUGCCCAGCGAGUGCUGCACUCAUCCAAUCAAAUGCAUCUCCAUAUGAUCUGCCUUUGAAGAUGCAAAUGUCACACAGCAAAAUCAGACUCUGUUCUCAAUGCAGGAGUGCCUCUAAUGGCUGGCAGGAAGAAGGCAACCAGAGGUUUGUGAAGCCCUGCAAUCUUAACAUUGCUGGAUCUACUAAAUGCCAAUGUUUUAGAUUGCAGGGCUAAACUGCCAUGGGCACUCACCCAGGCCACUUUUUUAGUGUCCCUUUUAAGCUUUCUGUUGAUGGUAUUAGGAAGCAUUACACAAACACCUUUAAAAAAAAAAAAAAAAAAGGUAUUCCCUCCUUGUAUUAUAACUUUUCACUUGUAUGAGUGCUGCUUUGGUACUGUUCUAUUUGUCAGCUAAUGGAUUUUUUGUGUAUUAGAUAUCCAAGUGUAUCCUGUGAGAUCCUAACAGCAGAUGUAUCACAGAUUAAUGAUGCCUUAGGGGAAGAUGAAUCUUUACUGAAGCGACUGUAUGACUUUUUGCAAAACAAUGAAAGCCUUAAUCCUUUACUGGCUAGCUUCUUUAGCAAAGUGAUGGGCAUUCUAAUCAACAGGAAGACUGAACAGGUACAAUUUUUGGUCACUUUAUUUUUUGGGGGAAAAAGUGAUUUUAUGCUUGUUAAAUUUAAUAUAUAUGUAAAUAAAAAUAGCAACUAUUGUUAAAAAAUGUAUGUGCUGAAUAUAUGAACUAGACAGUGCAAGUGACUUAGACUACCAUGCACAUUCCAUAUAAUACCUUGUAUUGUAGAAAUGAAGCAUAGGGAGUUUAAAACUGCCAUGUUUUUGUAAACCACUGUAGUAGCAUAUAAUACCCAUAUAAAUGACUUUAAAGUAACUGUCAGGUUCCCAGCUAUACUACACCUGCGUGCUGCCAUUUAUUUUACAUUUGGAUAAGAACAUUCACUUACCCAACUGAAGAUCACACUGAUUUACCUGGCAAUGAUGUCAUUGCAAUAUGAACGUGUGUCUGGUCAUAGCAAUACAGCACACAUGUCUGGUCAGGUAAUUGGUGAAAAGGGGCUUUAGCCCUGGCAGUGUUCCUUGAUGCAUACAAUAUUACUUUCUGUAAUUCUGUAAAUGCACAUGAGGCCAAAAUAUUUUAGCUAGCCACUCUUUAAUACUUGUAGCUGUAGAAUACGAUAGGGUUUAGUCAGAAUUCAAUAAGUUGUGGGAAAAUGAAAAUUCAAAACCUUUUAAAAUCUAGCCUAAAUAGUUGGAGAAAGGUCUGGGUUCUUGAAAUUCACCGGCUGUUUUUUUAUUUUUUUUUUCGUUUACCGGUAGUUGUAUUUAUUUAUUUAUUUUUUUAUACACCCUUCUGCAAUGGUUCUCCACUUUCUCACUCACUUACCAGGGUUGCCAGAGGCAAAGGUUGAACAUGAUUUUCCUGCAGUAUUUAUUUUCCAUUAAAAUUUAUCUGUACUGUAUCAGUGUUUGCAUGCGUUUCAUUGGUUAUUUUUUUUCCAGUCUUGAUUCACUAAUAAAGUACACUAGAAACAGUAAUGGAGUGAGUGGCAGGUCCUUUUUCCUGUAAUGAUGGACUACAGUGAUCAGUAAUUGUGUGGUUUUUGUAUUUUUUUUUAAAUUUUUUUUUAUUUAUUUUUUUAUUUUUUUUUGGUAAUUUAUCACGAACAUAUGAAAGUCUUAUUGUAUUCACUUAAUGUAUGGAGCUGAAAAUAAAGGAUCUUGCUUAUACAGUUUCUUCCUAACUUUGUAGAUUAUAGCCUUUCUUCGAAAAAAAGAUGAUUUUGUAAGCUUGUUGUUACAACACAUUGGCACGUCUGCCAUUAUGGACCUGCUACUGAGGCUUCUGACAUGUGUUGAACAGCCUAGACUGAGACAAGAUGUGUUCAAUGUAAGUUGAUCAUAGAAAAUUUAGCAUCGUAAAUCAUACCGAGUGCAUUGUGUUUUGAUGUAAAAUGUGCCUGUGCAAUUUUAAUGAGAAUACUGUUUACCUUGUGCUUACAAAAAAAUGUUUUGCCAUUUGCCUCUGUCAACAACAUAGAGGUUUUAAAACUACAAAUAUGGCUGGCAUAUUAAAAGCUUACACAUGCUUUCUGGAGGACAUAUUGGAUGAAGCAGAGACAAGCUUCAGGUAAGUAUAUUGUUUAAAGGGAUACUCUACGCGCAAUAACCUCUUUUUAGUGGUUUGAAGUGGUAAUGGUGCCUCAAGUGUCUAUGUUCAUAGUUUGGUUUUGAAACACUGCAAACUCCAGGAUUUAUCUUCUUAGCUGCCAGGGGUAUAACUCCGCCUCCAGCAGUGUCAUUAGCCUGUCCAGAAUAUAUUUCUGCGUUGGCCACUGUCAAAUCUGUGCAAAUUCCGAUGCACAGAAUCUAAUUCGUUAGGUAAAAGUAGUCAGCUGUCACUCUCCAACAAUAAAUGAGUGGAAGUAUCGGCAACCGGCUUUCAGAUGUUCUAAACCCUGUUCAGUGCCGUCGUCCGGCAGGACCAGGUUAAAGGCCGGGCAGUCCAGUUUAAAAUGGCUUCUACAUUACCAGGGAACAACACAGAGUAGCCUUAAAAUCAUACAGUGGGCUGCAGGGGUUAUGCCAGUUGGAAUAACCCUGAUAUAUUAUAAUUCUAUCACAAUCACACACACAUUUUCUGGCAAUUUCGCAAGCGCAGUGUUUAGGUACCAAAAUGUUAACAUAUUUUAUAUAAAUUUUUUUUCUUUAUCAUAAACCUUCUAUUAUUUUCAUGACACUUAAUUCAUGGUCCUGAACUGAUCAUUGGCCUACCAUUGAAGGAUGGUGCAUUGAGGGUUCUGUGGAAGAUUUAACAUGGGAGUAAAGUCCUAGGAAUUAAGCAAUCCACCAGAACACGUUUUCUGUUAAAGUUCACUUUCGUUUGUAUAGCUGAAAGACAAUAAUUUUCAAAUAUUGAAGCAGUGCAUGGCUUUUUGUAAGGUUUGCAGGCAGGGAAAACAGUAGAAAAUGUUUUAUAUUCUCUCCCCCUUCCCUCAAGAGAAUUUUCACUAAAUGCAGCAAACUAUAAUGUUCGUUUAGAAAUGUGACUUUCAUUUUCUUUGCCAAGAUACUAAAUGGGGAAGGGAGAGAAGAUGUGUGUGUGUGCAAGUUGAAACUAGUUGGUUAAAAAUUACUGAAUGUUCAAACUUUUCUUAUGAGACUUAAUUGAAUUUGACAUAAUGAGAUGUCAUUUCUCUAGUAAAGUUGCUUGCAAUAUGUGUACGUUUUGAUUUUAUUCAUUACUACCAUGUCACUUUUAGUGUGCAUGUGUUUAUUUUUUUUCUCUUCUAAAUUGCACUAGUAUUACUCAUUGAUUUAUGCCCGCUUCUUUUCAGUAGUUUUCUCUGGCAAUACUAGAAGGCAUGGUGUAUGUUGCUGGGGGGUGGGAAAGCACGUUUAAUGCAAAUAUUUGCUUGCUUCACUUUUGCUUCUUGAGCAAAAAAACAAAAGCAGUUUGUAAAGACUCCACCUUAAUGUUAUUGGUAUGGUGUGCCCCCAUUCACAUUUUGGCUUUAAGCAAUGUGGCUGCUUUAACAGACAGGAAAAUGGUAAUUACCAUUCUCUUCCUUGAUGUACUAUUUGUUUAAAUAAACUAAAGCGUAACUCUCCUUGAAGUACUUUCUGGGAUACUGUAAUGAGACAACUUAUGGUUUUGCUGCAGAUUGAAAGGUCCAAGGGACGACUUUAUAUAGUGCGCUAAUUAUGUGUAUGGCUUUACAAAGUUUUAUAUGAACUGAGAUCAAGCUCACUGAGUUUGCCAUCACUAUAUUUUAUAUCUGCAGAUUCUUAUAAUUUAUUAACCAAAUAUAAGCAUGUGGUCUAGGGCAGUGCUGUCCUUUUUUGUUAUUCUUUAGCAAUAAUCUUCUUUUUAUGAUUUACAGUGGCUUAAUGAAGAAAAAAUAGUACAAAGACUUAUUGAAAUGAUUCAUCCUUCAAAGGAUGACAAUGUAAGUAUUAACUAACUGACUUCCUUACUCUUUAAUUUAAUGUUUAUUUGUUUUUUCAGAAAAAGUAGGUGUCCGUACAGCUUAAAAAAAAAUACAUAAGGAUUUAACUUGCUUAAAAUAAAUAUCAUGGUUUUGUAGACUUGCUCCCCCCUCUCCCCCAAUGCAAACAUGUGUGCAUUUAAGUGUAACAAAUAUCUAUUGAGGGUAUAUGUAAGAAAUGCAUGCAAUAGUUGCAGAUCGCUUGUAUGCAGACUCUUCAUGCCCUCCCCUUUUUGCCCAUACUUUCUGUGGCUGUCCAAUCAGACUUUCCAAUGUAGCUCAAUCAGAAGUCUUUGCUUUUACAAAUCUUUUGAGUUUUAGCUUCACUGAGCUAAACAAACCACAAAAUAACAGGGCCUGUUCUGACAGCAAGGGUUUGUAGCAAGGUUAAAAGGACCCUGUAGGCACCCAGACCACUUCAGCUCAUUGAAGUGCUCUGGGUGUAAUGUCCCUUAACCUGAAAUAGUAAUUAUUGCAGUUAUUGAGAAACUAAUUACUAUCCAUCGUUAACUUUACCUCUAGUGGCUUUAAUCCGGUAUCUGACACUGGAAGUCCUCACGCUCUGCAUUAGGACCACCAGCGUCUGUCUCCCCCCAUAGGAAAGCAUUCAAUAACGCUUUCCUAUGAGUAAAUCUUAAUGUGAGCUUGACCAUUGCUGCGCAUGCGCCUUAGGUCUUCCCCACCAAUGUCAGUGUGAGCAUGGGCGGGGCCUGACUCAGUGCCAAGGGACCAUCAGCGCUGGAUUCAGGUAAGUAACUGACUGAAGGGGUUUUAAGUGCCGCAGGAGUGGGGAUACGAGGGAGGGGGACACUGUAGGAUUCUAUAGUGCCUUGAAAACGGCUUUGUAUUCCUGGCACUAUAGAAUCCCUUUAAUUUAGAAAAGUGGCCAUUUCUUCUUUUUUUUUUUUUUGAAUAUUUAUUUUCAUAUUUAAGUAAUCGUACAAGAUACUGUGCUUAUUGGUUACAAAGCCAAUUGGACAAAAUGUCAAGGUAAAACGUUGAAACUUCCCAUUUGUACAUUUCGAAACAUGCCUGGCUAACAUUGUUCAAAUGCUAUGCUAUUUACACAUUGUGCAGCUGGUCAUUAUCACUGGCUUCAGAGCUUGCCACUUUCUCAUGCACUGCUGAUUUUGAAAUAUUAUUGCUACUAAGUGUUAUAGCCUGGUUUGUGAGAUUGCUGAGCAACAGGCUAGUUAGCUAGUCGUCUACCCAUUUUCUGUGUGGACUUAUUGUGUGCUACUUCAAUAUGGGGUUACCUCCUGUAACUAUGUGGUUCUCGGGGCCCACAGGUGUGUAGUAAUGCUUCCCUUAUUCUCACUUCUUAUAUCGUAGGAUAAUUCCUGGUCGUGCGCUAGGAGCGAGUUCUCUCUCUUGGUCGUGGCUGUCUGUUCCUGCCGUCUGGCGGGGGACCUUCUUUCGCGUCUAUCUCCUGUUUAUAUCUUCAAAUGCUGUCAUGUCGGUUGUGUGGGCUAUUGGACUUGUUUUGUCUCCCUUCACCAGCCUGUAGGUCUCCCUUAUUGUGUUAGUGUGUUUUGGGUUGACCGCUAAAUUGUUUAUUUCGGAAGUCCUUGGUCGUUCCUUAUAGGAGAGAGGAGAAGGAGAGGGGGGAAAAAAACCCAAAAAACAGGGGAAUGUCGGACUCCCCGGGCCCGCCGCGCACCCCCCCAGCCGCACACGGGGUCCGGCACCCUCACGUCCUGUUGUGUGAUAUGAAAUCCAUCCACGGGGUCCAAGUCUGCAUGUAUUUGUCCACUGUUCCUUUCAGGGUCGCUGUGGGAGUCUCCAUCCUGUGUAUUUCCUCUACCUUGUCCAUCCAUUGUUGGAUGGUGGGUGUCCGCACGGUCCGCCAGUUGGUUAGAUGAGUGGGUGAGUCCGGGUACGUGGGCUCCUCAGAUGACCGCUCAACCAGAUUGCCGCUGGUAAUGUCCCCUCUGCCUGAGCUCGUUCCAUAUAUAUCCAUUUCUUGCACGUCCUUGGAACAUGCCAGUCCACUAUGCGGAGCAAGUGCGUUGCUCUAUAGUAGGUCAGCAGGGAGGGGAGUCCCACUCCCCCUUGGGCCUUCGGUUGUUGUAACAGCGUUCGCUUGAGUCUGGGGUCUCAGGACUGCCAGAUAAAACCGGAGAUGGCGGUAUCCAUGUGUCGGAAGAAUGUCUAGGGUAUACUUAUCGGUAUGGUUUGGAAAAGGUAUAGCAAGCACGGCAAUAGGUUCAUCUAAAUUGCGUUCAUCCUUCCAAACCAUGACACGCACAGGCCAGAUCGUUUUUCAGUGUGAGCAUCAUCGGGGGGGAAAGUUGUGGGCGUAGAGUUGCGAGAGGUCCGCGGUGAGCCAAAUCCCGAAGUACUUAAUCUUUGUCCGGCACCACGUGAAUGCGAACUGGGAUUUCUGCCAUGGAGAGGGGCAUGGCUUCUGAUUUUUUUUUUUUAUUGUGUCCAGUGUUAUGUUGGAUAUCUGCCCAUAUUACGCAAAAGCUCUCAGUAAGUUCGGUAUGGAGACCAGGGGGUUGCUGACGAAGAAUAAACAUAUCAUCGGCAUAGGCAGCCACCUUAUGGAUCGUUCCCUGCAGUGUGAAUCCCUCUAUUCCCCUGUCCCGUCUGACCAACCCCCAGGAAUGGUUCCAGGGAGAGGGCAAACAGGAGAGGGGAGAGCAGGCGCAAUUGGCUGGGUCUUUACCUUCCUUGGGUAGUACUGCUAUUGUUGCCAUGAGAGAGUCUCUUGGGAACGCUCACCGUUCCAGGAGGGAGUUAAGGCCUGUUAAUAGUUUGGGGAGCGGUACCUCCCCAAAUUCCUUUAUGUAUUUGAUGGGCAGUCCGUCCGGCCCUGGAGCCUUAUUGAGUUUAGCGCCCUUCAACGCCACCUGCAGCUCCUCCAUCGAGAUGGGUGCCUCUAGUGCUUCUGCUGUGUCCUGACUCAGCGUUUUGGUAACGUGUUCUUGAAGGUAUUCCGUAAUUCGUUGCGCUCUGCGGUGGAUUGAGUCAGGUGAGGUCACCGUGAGCAGAUUGUAAAAGGCGUGGUAGUAUUCCCGGAAUGAUUCGGUAAUUUUAUCCGGGAGUUGGGUUACCGUCUGUUCCCUAGUUUUAAGUUUAGAGAUGUGGCACAUACGUCGCUUCUUCUGAAGCAUGCGAGCCAAGAGCUGGCUGCAUUUAUUUGAAUAUUCAUAGAAAAAGCGGUGAGACUUUCGUCGAGUAUCUUGGAGCUUCUGGUGUAGUAUAUCGCGAAGAGCCUUCCUAGCUUCCAGUAGUCGCAUAGUCGUCGUCCGUUUGCGUGGACUUAUGAGCCGCCUCUAGUUCCGAGAUCCGUCGGGUGAGCUGUUCCAUACGCCGUCGUUGUUCCUUCUUACGUUCGGUACACCGUUUAAUGAGGUGCCUAUGCACUUAUGUGCCUGCUACAAUGUCGGGGUCGGCAUAUCCUGGUCUUCAUUUUCGUCAAAGAACGUGGUCAGUACCGAACGGAGUCCCGUGACAGUUGGGGUGUCCGCUAGGACCGACUCAUUCAUCCUCCAAUGGCGCUCCCUGGGUCAGUGCAGGGGGGAGUCUAUUGUAAUUAGUAUGGGGGUGGUGGUCAGACCAUCCAAGCGGUCUAAUCUCGGCCAACACGAGCAGGGACAGGAAUUCCUGAGCCAUAAGGAUCUAGUCCAGUCUGCUGUAUCGUUUGUGGGCUGUGGAGUAGUAGGUAUAAUCUGUCGCUCGGGUGAAGAGCUCUCCAGCAGUCCACCAGCAGGAACGCAACUGAUGCCUUUUCCGCCCAUAGGGAGCACAGCAGCUGAGUUCUCCGUUCAGACGUGUUGAGGCCUUAUACAUUGUUCGACCAGUGCCGGAGAGGCACUGGGGCAAAUCCCGAUCCCAUGACCGGCGGCCAAUGGGGCGGAAGAGGAGGCGGGGCGACCAUCCCAGGGGGAGGGCAGGAGGCACCGAGUGCUCUGUUUAGGAGGCGCGAGGGAAGAGGAGAGAGAGAAGAGAGGGGAAAAGGGGGGGGGGGGUUCCUAGAUAUAGGGUUUAAGUAGGUUCCCACUGAUGGGAUCCGCUAUGACUUGACAUCUGUGGCAGAGGCGUUGUGCGGUAUACUCUGUGGAGAGCAAUCCACCUGCCUCCACACCAGUUCAAAAUAGGCGUCCGUCAGGGGGGUAUCGGGCCUAGACCGCACCUGCACAGGACCGGGCGCAGGGAUUGCACAGUCCACCUGUGUGUAGAUCCCAGGUGUAGUGUAGGGUCCCAAGUCAAAGGGUAUCCGUAUCUCGUGGGUUUGUGUGUGAAUUUUAUGUUCCACGUCCCCCAGGCCGGGCCGGCUAUGGUGAUACCGGAGGCAAAGAGUCCUGGAACUGUGUAGUAGUCUGACGCGUCAGUUGUGAUGUCAGUUGUGGUGUUUCGUCUGUUGUCGGCCGAGUGGGCUUGGAGUUCUGCGGGGUGGUCAUCUAUUCUCAUCUGGGUCAUGGCUAGGGCUCCCUAGGGGUAAGCUCUGCUUGCGUACUGUUUUUUCCUUUUCUCUUGUGUUCUUCCCCUCUCUAUACAGAUAUAUCUUUUCUUUCCCUUUCCUCCUCCCUCUUUCUCCCCUCCCCUCUUUCUCCCCCUCCUCUUUCUCCCCCUCCCUCUUUCUCCCCCCUCCCCCCUCUUUCUCCCCCUCCCCUGCUUCUCCCCUCACUUUCUCCCCCUCCCCUCUUUCUCCCCCCCCCUCCCUCUUUCUCCCCUCCUCUUUCUCCCCCUCCUCUUUCUCCCCCCUCCCUCUUUCUCCCCCCUCCCUCUUUCUCCCCCUCCCCUCUUUCUCCCCUCCCCUCUUUUCUUCCCACCUCCCUCUUUUCUUCCCACCUCCCCUCUUUCUUCCCACCUCCCCUCUUUGCUUCCCACCUCCCCUCUUUGCUUCCCACCUCCCUCUUUGCUUCCUCCUCUUUGCUUCCCCAUCUCCCUCUUUUCUUCCCCUCCUCUUUGCUUCCCCCCACUCCCUCUUUUCUUCCCACCUCCCUCUUUUCUCCCCCCUUACCCCCUGAAACGGCCACUGGGCUUGCGUGGUCCCUCAGUUUUGUGUGAAGACCCCUAACCCUGACGUCUCCAUUCCCUACGCUACCCCUAAUUUGCGUUUGGCCCCGUUCCUCUGCUUCCCUAGGGGUUGGAACAAGUACCCACGCUAUUGGUGAUCACCUUGCAUCAAUUCAGUACACUUCAGCAUCCUCCCCCAGCACAUUACCCAUCUCCCCAUCUCGUGUUCCUCCCUCCCAAGGUCUCCGGUCCCCCCCAUGUGGUGUUCUCCAAUGAUUAUGAAGCUGUCUAAAACGUGGCUUGUGGCAUACUGGCGGUUCUGUCGUCAGUCAACGAUUCUCGUAGCCCUGUGAGGUGUGUGUUAGGCACUGUUUGGCAUCAAAUCUCCCCUAUGCUGGUAUGAUCUUAGGCGGCAGGCCUGGACAUGCACCUCCAAGCCGGGCCUGUGCUGCGUAUCCAAGGCUUUAGCUUGUUCCCCUCCCCACCUCACAGGAAGAACUCACUCCUGUGUGGUACCUUUUGUGUGUUCCUGGCCCUUGAUCUUUCCCCCGUCAGAGGUGAUACCCCUGUGACCUUAAGCUCCAGGGGUAGGCAACUGCGCGUGGGUGCUUUGCGACUUCGAGUGCCGGGGUUGUAGCCUCAGACUGCGCUCUUUUAGGUCUAACCCUUAUGCUCCCUUUCCCAUGUCCCACCCCAAGUGUCCUGGUUAUGCCCGUGGAGCCCUUCCGUCCCCUGUGUAUGGUAACUCACCAGUUACCCUUCGGUCCGACAUGGUUGCGUGCGGUGCUAUUCUUCCGGGCAAUCCGGCCCUCCUCGCCUGCGUGGCGGCGCACUCCCUCUGGCUGGGGUGUCAGUGCUUCGCAGCGGACCCAGGGGGUCCCGUCUUGUAGCAAUCGCCUCUUCUAGGAUCCAAUUCCGAACCCGGAUUGAUGGCAGGUUGAGGGUUCUCAGGAGCCCGGGUAGCUCUUCAGGCUAGCGUGCUGUCACCCAUGAGUUACCGUGCUUAGCUUGUAUGCUAAACGGAAAUCCCCAGCGGUAUGGGAUCCUCCGCUCUCUCAGGGCGCUGGUCACUGGGCGUAGUGCUCGCCUGGUGUCGAGUGUCAAGCCAGAGAGAUCCUGAAAGAGUCACCUCUGUGCUGCGGAACAGGAUGGAGGGCGUCCCUCUUGUGGCGGCCAUGAUUUUUUCAUUUAGGCUAUAGAGGUGGAAACAGCAGAUCACAUCCCUGGGGUUGCCAUCUUGUCUCGGCGGCUCCAGUGCUCUGUGCGCGCGUUCAAGCCUGAUGUCCUCAGGUGCUUCUGCUCUCAAAAUCUGUUUUAAAUAGGGCACCCAGCGUGGUCUGUAUGGGAUCUGUGUCCCCCUCAGGCAGGCCUCGUAUGCGACUAUUGUGGCAACGGCUCCUAUUUUCUAAAUCCUCUACUUGCCUGCGGAGGGUUAUCAGCAUAUUGCCCUGUCUGGUCAUAGCUAUCUGUCGCCCUGUGCUGCUGCUCGCUGUCUUGGGCCGCCGCCUCCACUUCCUCCACCCUCUGUUCCAACAUGGUCAGGUCAGAGCGCAGGCCCGCCAUUUCUUCCCUGAAGGCUGCGCGCAGCUCCUGAACUAGGGUACCCCUGUCUGCUUUAGACAUAAUUUGCUGCGAUAUCUGCGUGAGCUCUGUUCUUAUGUGUGAGAGGGCCCCUGCAUAGUCAGCUCCGGAUAGGGAGUCCCCCGUGCUCUCCGAUUCCGGAGAGGCUGGCGCCUCUUGUCUGCAGUAAGGGAGCCUCUACUCCGCCGGCAUUGUGAGGAAAUCCUCCAUCGGGCCCGUAUUCCGCCGCGGGCAGUUUGUUAGCUACGUCCCCGGUACUGACCGCUUCUUGUUCCGGACCAUUGCGCUCCGAGUAUGGGCUGGUUAUCGCUUAUUUUCUCUGCCUCGGGUGCGGAGCUCCUUUACCGUGCGUCCUGCACCAUGCUUGUCCAGGCCACGCCCAAAGUGGCCAUUUCUAUUGAAAUUUGCACUUUUUGUAAAAUGAAAAAGAUGCAUUCUUCACACACAAAGCAGUUCACCAAGAUGAAGUGCUUUAAUGGUCUUGAAUGUUCCUUUAAGAAACACCAUACCGACUACAGUUCAUUGUAGUGAUUAUAGUCUUUUUAUUCUAUGGACACCAUCCUCUGUUCUGCUUACAAACCUUUAGAGUUGCUUAGAUGGACACUCCAUUGCCCAAAUUCAAAAUAAAUAAAAAUCACGGUUUAGUAGAUAUACCCCAAAUGAAAACUUACAUGCGUAUCAUGUUUUGUUUUUCACUGAAGAUAUAUCUAAAAUCAGCUUACAAAACCUGCAGUUCUCUUAUCUUCUGCAUUUGCAAACCCUCUCCUUCUAACACUGCCUAGACUUUCUGUGGCUGUCCAACCACAGACUUCCCAAUACAGCUCAAUGAGAAGUCUUUGUAAGUAAGGAGCUCUGGGCAUUUGCUGCCUUUUGAGUUCAAACAAAAUCAGGAAGUAACAUUACCUGUUGUGUGCUUGAAAACCAAGGAGGUGUAACCAAGGUAAUUGAAAUCUGCACUAGUUGCAAAAUGAAGAGGACACACUGUUCACACAUAAUGCUUUUUAGCAAGCUAAAGGUGUUUAGGGAUCGGGAGUGACCCAUAACACCCAUCCUCUGCAGUCACACACGAAGUUUCACCCAGACAACGUCAUCUGUGAAUUGGUCUUGGUGCAAGAAUUGGUCUUGGUUCUGUAGAUUUAACCCUGCAAUGUAAAACAUGUUAAUUUUGUAGAAACUGCCAUGUUUAUAUUGCAGGGUUAAACAAGGGAGUUUGAGGCACACACAGAACAUGCAUGUCAAAGCAAUGGUGCUGCCUUAAAGACCAAAACAUAUGCAAAAUACAAUUAAAGGAACAGCGUACACAGAAAAAUACUGUUUUAGAGGCAGACCAGGAGCACCCGAUCGCGCUGCCCCUGCAGCAGUGAUCACUCUGACAGGCUGUCAGAGCGAGCACAUGUGCUGCAGAGACUCACCAUCCGCCUCCCUGCUCUUCCGAGGUCUGUGUGAAGUGCAGGGAGACGGAUCAGUGAUAUCUUCUCCCUGUAAAAAAAAUUAAAUAAAGUUAUAGUAAAAUCCCACCCCUGCUUUAAUAAAAUUAACCCCUUCCCUGCCAAUUGAUCACUGACUACAGUGACCAACUGGCUGGGACUACAUUUUACUGUGAUCUUAUUUAUUUAUUUUUAACACCUGCCAAUUUUAUUUAUUAAAAUUAUGUAUUUAGCUGGGGUGGAUGGAAGUUAGUGGGGAAUUUGGUGUUAUGCUAGCUAGGGGUUAACGUAAAAAAAAAAAAUUCCCACCUUCCUUUACCUAGUCCUAAUAAAAAAAUUAACCCCUUCACUGCUAGUUGAUCACUACCUACAGUGAUCAAAUUACAGAUCACAGUAUUAUAUUGUGAUGCGAUUUUUUUUAUUUUAUUUUUUUACAUUUUUUACCACUUAGGGUUAAAAUUAUUAUUAUUCUUUUUAACCCUCAGGUGUUUAAUUUAAAUAUUUUUAAAUUAUUUAUUUUGCUAGCUGGGGUGGGUGGGAGCUAUGGUAAAUUGGGGAAUUUAUGGUUAGUGCUGCUUACUGCUAGUUAGGGGUUAACGGUAAUAAAACUUAUAAAAAUAAAUAAAUCUGGAAAGUUGUAAGAAAAAUUUUAAUAAGUAAAAAAAAUACUUCUAAAAAUGAUCAUUACCACUAGACCUGGAACAAACGAGAGAAAAAAAUUAUCCUAAGCUAAGGUUCAAAAUACGCCUUUUGAAUUACCUCAGGGUGUAUUCUUUAAUAAAUAGUAUGUGUUUGUGGGGAAGUUAAACUUCUCCAAAAUGGAACAUGGACAUAGCGUAAAACUUCAAAGUUAGAAAAAAAACUGGCUGUGUUUCAAAUGUGCCUCUUCAACAUCCACAUAUACCUGGCAAAGGUACAUACGGAGUAUUGCUGUACUCAGACGACAUAGCUGAGCAACAAAUGUAGUAUUACACAGUCGUAGCACACAUACAAUUUGCAAAAUAUACUGUGCAAACUCACUUUGUGUGUCAUAAAGGCAUAAAAAAUGCUUAUUGCCACUACACUUGGUACAAACUAGUGGAAAAAUGAUCCCAAGCCAAGGUUCAAAAUAUACCUUUUGAAAUACCCUGGGAUGUCUUCUUUAAGAAAUGAUAUGCCUUUAUGGUGUAGUUGUAAUUUGUAGCCUGCUCAAGUGCUCCAAAGUGGGACACGGACGCAUCAAAACCCUCCAUGAAAAUUCACACUUAAAAACUUGAACUUGUCAUGUCUCUUUUACAGCACUGUAUCUUAACAAAAUAGUGUCUAGGUCAUACAUUGGGCAUAUUGUUUUACUCAGAAGAUGUAACGGAGUAUAAUUUGGGGAUUUUUUAUGACAGUGGUACAUAUUAAGUGUAAGAAAUACUCAGCAAAAAUGCAACAUAUAUGUAAAAAUGCCAUCUCCGCCCACCCCACCACCACAAACAUUGACAUAAAUUGGUGAAAAAAUUGUGACAAGUUAAGGCACUAUAUACACCAUAUCAAAUACCUUGCGGUGUCUGCUUUAUCAAAUGAAAGUCCUUUUGUGGGGUUAAUUGAACAGUCACACUGCUAUAAUACCCUAAAAUGAGACAUAGGCCCGUCAAAUCCAUCUAUAGAAAUUCUAACUAUAGAAACUGAAAUAGCCUUGUCUCUUUUUUAUAUUGCAUUGUAGCUUUACAGAAUAGUGCCAAAGACAUACAAUGGGGUUAUCGUUAUACUCUGCAAAUGUAGCUGGACACUAUAUGGAUGAAUAGCACACACCAACUUUACGAAACACAUUACAAAAACCUUGUUAUGUAUAAAUGCCAAAAUAAAGAAAACACAAUUUUACUCCAAUAUUUAGCAGAGAUUGGCGAUGAAAUGGCUACAUAAAGUGUCAAACUAACCUUAGGUAAAUAGCCUGUGAUGUCUACUUUAUAAAAAUAUAUACUUUUGUGUGGCAAUUUUGAUUUCUGUGAUGGCUACUAAACCUACAAGACAAACACACCAACUUCUAAAAUUGUUGCAAAUUGAAAUUUUAUUUUAGUCCAUGUAUUUUGUGACCUGUAGCUUUCAAAAUAAGCUGAAAUCCUAUACAUAUUAUGUACUCUAUAAAUCAAGACCCAUAAAUGAAUUUAUUGUGAAUUACUUUUUCUAAGCUGGACAUAUUAUGCACACCCUAUUAUUGCCAAAACUGUGAAAAGUUUUUUUUUUUGUUUAGUUUUUUUUUUCCCCCACUUUUUUGGCAUUUUUAUAUAAUUAAUGAGAAUGUACCUAUGUAUAUGUGACAUCAAAUUAAAGCCCUGUUUACAGCCCUCUAAAAAAAAACAAUGUAUAAUAUGUGUUGGUGCAAUAAAUGACAGAGAUGCAAAUUUGUAUUUGAAUACAAACAGAAAUGUUGUGCCAUCUGGACAAAUUGCUGCAAUACUAUUAAUUACAAUUUUUUUUUUUUUUUUUUUUUUAAUUUCUCUCUAAUUUUCCGUUUUAAUGUUCAUUUUUUUUUUUCUUUAACCCCAGCAACAUUCCAAUGCUUCCCAGUCCCUGUGUGAUAUCAUUCGUCUGAGCCGGGAGCAAAUGAUCCAGAUUCAGGACAGUCCAGAACCAGAUCAAUUAUUGGCUACUUUGGAAAAGUAAUUCAUGCACACAAUGUGCACAAACUUCUAUUAUUUUUAUUUAUUUAUUGGAUUAGUUCUAAAUGUUAACGCAUCUGUUUUAUGUUCGUUUACAUGGUUUCCGUAGUAUGGGGGGGAAAUGCUUAAAAUGGGUUUAACAAAAACAAAUGCCUAAAAAUUUAUAUUUUUAUUACACACUUAACCACGUGCUUGGUAAGGGUGGAUACUACCUCCCUGCCAAAACUGAAAGGAAAAAAUAUCAGAGGGAAUAAAAGAUGAAUUCACCUUUAACCCCUUAAGGACCGAGGAUGGUUCAGGACAGUCAUCGGCAUUUUCCCAUUGCCGACCGCUGACGGUCCUGAACCGUCCUAACAGUCUGAGUUACUUACCUGAUCACCGUCGUUCCCGUUGUGGGGAGACUACCUGCAGCCCAGACAGUCUCCCCACACUGGAUUAGGACCCCUGUGGCCAUGUGAUUGCUCAACACAGCGAUCACAUGGUCACAAUAGGUGUCCAUGUGUCUGCCUGCAGGGGGACUGUCUGUGCUGACAGGCAGUCUCCCUGUAAAAUAAAAUUAAAGUUAAUUUUUUUUAUUUUUAUUAACUGUGUGUGUGUGUGUGUGUGUGUGUGUGUGUGUGUAUAUAUAUAUAUAUAUAUGUGUAUAUGUGUGUAUAUAUGAGACAUAUAUUAUAGCUAUAUAAUGUCAUGUCAUACUAAGUGUAUUUUUAGAUUAAUAUGUACUUAUAUUAAUAUAAAAAUACACUUAUAAUUAAAUUACACGUGUGUGUGUGUGUGUAUAUAUAACUAUAUUAUAAAAUAUAAAAGAUAUAAAAUAUAAAAAAAAUUUAACAAUUUUUAUCUUUAUGAAAUUUUAUACUAACUGUAUUUUAAAAUUUAUAUAUAUAUCAAAAUACACUUAGAAUGAAUUUGUAUAUAUAAAUAAAUAAAAAUAAUACGAAAUAUACAUAUGUCCAUAUCCAAAUUACAUAAAUAAUUAUAUAAAUAUACACGUAGACUUCAAAUAUAUAAAUAUGCAUAUAUUUAAAUUCUACGUGCGUAUUUAUGUAAUAAGUAAAUUUAUUGAUUGCAAUUUGAGGGAAUUGCCGAAAUUCCAGACAAUUUAAUUUGCUAGCACUGUAUUUUACCCUGUAACGUUCUACGACACCAUAAAACCUGUACAUGGGGGGUACUGUUUUACUCGGGAGACUUCGCCAAACACAAAUAUUAGUGAUUCAAAACAUUAAAACAUAUCACAGCGAUGAUAUUGUCAGUGAAAGUUACUUUUUUUGCAUUUUUCACACACAAACAGCAUUUUUACUGAUGAUAUAAUUGUGAUACGUUUUCCAGUUUUUAAACACUAAUAUUUGUGUUCAGCGAGGUCUCCCAAGUAAAACAGUACCCCCCAUGUACAGAUUUUAUAGCAUUUUUGAAAGUUACAGGGUCAAAUAUAUGGGUCAAAUAUUUUUACAUUGAAAAUGGCCAGGUUGGUUACGUUGCCUUUGAGAGCGUAUGGUAGCCCAGGAAUGAGAAUUACCCCCAUGAUGGCAUACCAUUUGCAAAAGAAGACAACCCAAGGUAUUGCAAAUGGGGUAUGUCCAGUCUUUUUUAGUAACCACUUAGUCACAAACUCUGGCCAAAAUUAGCGUUCAAUUGAUUUUUUUUGUACUUUUUUCACACACAAACAAAUAUGAAUGCUUACUUUGGCCAGUGUUUGUGACUGAUUGGCUACUAAAAAAGACUGGACAUACCCCAUAUUGAAUACCCCGGGUUGUCUACUUUAAAAAAAUAUGUACAUGUGGGGUGUUAUUUAGAGAUUUGACCGAUAAUAGUGUUACAAUGUCACUAUUGAUAAAUUUAAAAAAUUUAUGUUUUGAAACCGCAAUAUCCUACUUGUACCUAUAGCCCUAUAACAUGCAAAAAAAAGCACGUAAAUACUGGGUAUUUUUAAACUCAGGACAAAAUUUUGAAUCUAUUUAGCAGUUUUUUUUUCAUUCGCUUUUGUAGAUGAGUAAAAGAUUUUUCAAGUAAAAGUAAAAAAACAUUUUUUUUUUUUUUUUUCCUUUUUGCAUCAUUUAUUUUUUUUUAAUUAAAAUACAUGAGAUUAUAUAAAUAAUGGUAUGUAAAGAAAGCCCCUUUUGUCCUGGAAAAAAAUAAAUAACUUGUAUGGGAACAGUAAAUGAGAGAGCGGAAAAUUGCAGCUAAACACAAACACCACAAAAGUGUAAAAAGAUACCUGGUCGCAAAUGUACAACAUCGCUAAAAACAGUCCAGUCCUUAAGGGGUUAACGAAUUAAAAUGGGACACUAACACAUUACAAUCUGUACUCUAAAUGUAAGAAAUGUAUUUAGUCUUAAAGGUGAAAGUCUGGCUGAAUUGGACUGUUUGACGUUAAAGGGACACUAUAGUCACCAGAACAACUUUAGCUUAAUGAAGCAGUUUUGGUGUAUAGAACAUGCCCCUGCAGCCUCACUGCUCAAUCCUCUGCCAUUUAGGAGUUAAAUCCCUUUGUUUAUGAACCCUAGUCACACUUCCCUGCAUGUGACUUGCACAGCCUUCCAUAAACACUUCCUGUAAAGAGAGCCCUAUUUAGGCUUUCUUUAUUGCAAGUUCUGUUUAAGAUUUUCUUAUCCCCUGCCAUGUUAAUAGCUUGCUAGACCCUGCCAGAGCCUCCUAUAUGUGAUUAAAGUUCAAUUUAAAGAUUGAGAUACUAUUAUUUAAGGUAAAUUAGAUCUGUUUGAUAGUGAAACCAGUAUUUUUUUUUUUUUUUUUUUCUUCAUGCAGGCUCUGUCAAUCAUAGCCAGGGGAGGUGUGGCUGGGGCUGCAUAAACAGAAACAAAGUUAUUUAACUCCUAAAUGGCAGAGAAUUGGGCAAUGAAAUUGCAGGGAAUGAUCUAUACACUAAAACUGCUUUAUUUAGCUAAAGUAAUUUAGGUGACUAUAGUGUUCCUUUAAGCAUAAUUGCAAAUGUUCAUAUGUCCUCAUAAGACAUCAACACUAUUCUUUAAAUGACUGUCAACUUAAUGGAUAUUUGCAUAUUGUCUAAAGAAACCCAGAGGUGACAUUACCACUUGGAGUGCGGUGGCCUGGGAAUUUCACUGUGUAUCUAUAUACUAACUCACAUAUUACAAGGACAAUUUGAGCAACGAAAGAACUUUAACUUAAUGAAGAUAUUUUAGUGUAUAGAUAAUGCCACUGCAUGCACACUGCUCAAUUUACUGCCAUUAGGUCUUUCUGUUUCUGCAGUCCUAGCCACACCUCAUCUGGCUGAGACUCUCACAACCUCCCUACACACUUCCUUAAAAAGAGGUCUAAUCUUUAAACUUCCCUUAUUGCACAGUGUGUUUAUUUAACUUAGAAUUUCUUAUAUAUUGCUCUGUUAAUAGCAUCCUAGAUCAUACAGCAGUUUACAGUGUUUGUUCAAUUAAUAGAGCGGGAGAUGAGAGCUUAUAAAGUAAACACUGUGCUGUAAGAUCAGAUUGUUAAUGUGCCUACAUGUGUUUUCUGAUCUUUGUUUAAUGGAUGUUAUUAAUGUUUUCAUUCAAUUUAUCCCCUCAACGCUCUGUAGCUACUACUGGAGUUAGUGGUGUUGUCAGGCUUUUGGGUUUUGUUAGUAGGCAUUUUGUUAACUGUGACCCAUAAUUAGUCACAUUCAUAUUAGUUGUUUCCAAGUAUCUACAAGGGUGCAUGACCACCAUAUAUUAUCCAUCCCUGCUAAACAAAUCCAACCUUUUUUGUGUUAUGGAUCUGAUUUACACAAAAAAGUACAAACCCUUAUUUCUUUGUAUUUUUGAAUGUUCAAGCUCCGUGCCUUGGUGCUUAGAAUGUAUUUACCUUUGCACAGUGCAUUGUAAAAACAAAUAUUUUUCCUUUCUUCCAAAAAGGCAGGAAACAAUUGAGCAGCUCCUAAGUAACAUGUUUGAAGGAGAACACAACGAAUCUGUAAUUGUUCACGGCAUUCAAGUGCUUUUGACUCUUCUGGAGCCUCGUAGACCGAGGUAGGUUUCAAACCAUAGUAAAAUGUUUUUUUGUUUUUUUUUUAGUAGUAGAACAGUUAGUAGUGCCACUCAUAUCACAGGGCAUGUACUAGGGUGCUUUUUAAAUUAUAGUGGCUGUGUUGUGCUAUAUGUUAUUUUGUAAUCUAGAUUCUUAUUUCACAUGCUUUUAAUUCGUACAUAGUCCCUCUAAAAACAUUACGUUAUAAAAAAUAAAAAUACAUGUGAUGAACAUUAGGAAAGUUGAGCGAACACCUAUUUUUCUUUUAUUUAAACAAAAAAAAUUAAUUCACUUUACUGAAAAUGACCGUUCCUCAUUCCCUCACGCUAGUAAACGUUAAUGAAGUGCAGAAGAGGUAAUUUAUAAAGCAAAUUCAUCUCUGCAGCACUUGUGUGUCCAGAACAUCAUCAGUCCAUUAUCCCUUCCUCUUAUGUGGUUUGAAAGUGCCAUAUAUGUGCUUGCUCUCUGCUACGCUUGAAUUAAUUUAAACAGGGAGAUAAAUUAAAGUGACGGUCACCCUAUACUUGCUUUGCUUCAACCUGUUCCUCUUCUCUUCCUUACUUCUAAUCUGUUCUUUCUUUUCUUUUUAAUCUAUUUUUCUUAAAAUAUAUGAGGAAAAGUAGGGGCUACUUUGACUUUACUUGGGUUAACCGUGAGCAUGGUGUUAUCCGUCUACUGAAUUCCAGGGUGCUAUGGCAUUUAAUGUCUGAUUUAACAUCCUUCUGACUCUCUUAUCAUGGUAGACUGUGAGCCCUAUCUGAGAGUAGGUUACAUAUAAUUAAACACUUAGUAAGAAAUUUAGAGGCAUGUUAAGCGCUAUGGUUAAUCUGUGUGCUUGCUCUCUGCUACGCUUGAAUUAAUUUAAACAGGGAGAUAAAUUAAAGUGACGGUCACCCUAUACUUGCUUUGCUUCAACCUGUUCCUCUUCUCUUCCUUACUUCUAAUCUGUUCUUUCUUUUCUUUUUAAUCUAUUUUUCUUAAAAUAUAUGAGGAAAAGUAGGGGCUACUUUGACUUUACUUGGGUUAACCGUGAGCAUGGUGUUAUCCGUCUACUGAAUUCCAGGGUGCUAUGGCAUUUAAUGUCUGAUUUAACAUCCUUCUGACUCUCUUAUCAUGGUAGACUGUGAGCCCUAUCUGAGAGUAGGUUACAUAUAAUUAAACACUUAGUAAGAAAUUUAGAGGCAUGUUAAGCGCUAUGGUUAAUCUCUUUAAGCACUGGAGCAGUUCGUGCUGUACGUCAUUGGAAGGGUGCAAUUGUUAAUUUGCCAUUGAGCGAGAAGCCAGUCUAUAUGACUUACUCUCCAUACAUGUAGUGUGUGUGUACAACUUUUUUUAUUUACCGAGCCAAACCAUUUUGUUAUGAAUACAUAACAUUUUUCAGACCAUAACUUGUACAGAAAGGAUUAGCGCACAGAAGUUUAAAAGUCCCCUAAUUACAUGGGCUAGGUUGGAAGAAACAGUGUAUUUUAAAGCAUCUAGACUAGAUCCCAAGUGUGGAUGAGACCGUUGGAUGGUUGGUUGUUUGGUUCUUAAGUGAGGUGGGAGACAGGGGUCCCCGCAAAGUCUGAUUCCAAUGCUAUCCAGAGUGUAAGCAAUGGUCCAUUCAAUCACUCUUUGUCAGUUAAUUGUUUUAUGGUAAAGGGCAAUGUUGGGUUGGCUCACUCCACCCCUGUUUUUUGGUUGUGUUUGAAGGUGGAGAUUUAGUCUAGGCUUGUGGUUGUGCCACACAUAGGAAAUAAAGGUGUUUUCUAUCGGUGUGAAUAAUGGACGAGGUAUAAGAACAGGUAAAGUUUGCAAGAGAAAUAAGAGGCAUGGUACAUAUAUUCAUCUUGAGCACUUGAUGGUCCAACUUAAUCUGACGAGAGGUGAGAAAUUGAUGUUGCAGGCUUUAUUAACCCCUUAAGGACCAAACUUCUGGAAUAAAAGGGAAUCAUGACAUGUCACACAUGUCAUGUGUCCUUAAGGGGUUAAAGGGACACUGGAGGGCACUUAGAUCACUUCAGCUCAUUGAAGUGGUCUGGGUGCACUGCCUCAGGUCGCUUAACUCUGCAAUGGUAAUUAUUUCUUUUUUUUUUUUUUUUUAAUGGAAAAAAAAAAAAAAAUUCCCCAUCCCUUCCGGGCACUAUAGUUUCCCUUUAAGGUUGGAGGGUAGGUUUAACCCAAAGUUUUUAAUGAAUUCCUUAAAUCAGUUCAUUUAGUUCUUAAGAGAACAUAUUGGAUUUCAAAUUGUUAAAGUUAAGCUUUAAAGCCGUUACUGCCAUUGGUUUCAUUCACAAUUUCAGGUGCAUGAGCCUACUAUUGACUGCUUAACCCCUUAAGGACCAACUUCUGGAAUAAAAGGGAAUCAUGACAUGUCACACAUGUCGUGUCCUUAAGGGGUGAAAGUGGCACUGUCAUGGCCGCAUCCGUGUUUUGCUUCUUUUAAAUCUCCCUAAAUUAAGAAUACUAGGUAAUCUUUACUUAGUAUUAGUAAAGUAGGAUAAAAGACCAAUUUUGCUCUUUCAGCCUUUUAUUAGAUAGCUCCCUAGUUCCCACGGUAUUGGGUAACUAUCUACUAAGUGGCUGCAAGAUGCAGCCGCAGCACGAAUAGGAUUGGAAUGUCAGUUCAUUAGAAUUAAAUUCUGAUUCAAACGAAAAAAAGUGCAGAAUGUUGUUCUAACAUGAGUGGACAAAGUGUACUUAUUCUGCUAGAAUAAAAUUUGGUAGCUUCGCCGGCACUCUGUCUAUAUGACAGGACGUUCGGGAAUAGUGAAAGGAGGCAUUGCGAGAUCCCGGAAGAAGUAUUGUGAUAACAUUUCUUUGACCAUAGGAAAUGGAGCGUGCUCCUCCUUUGGUCAAAGCUGGUCAUGCUUAGGAAAAAUCCAUAAGACAGAGUAGUCCCUACUUUGUCUUAUGUUUUUAAAGAAAACUACUUCAGACAGGAAUCAAAGAAGAACUGAUCCUGAGAGAGGAAGAGAAGAUGAAGUGAUUGUGGAAAGGUAAGUUUGGCAUGACAGUGCUCUUUAAUGAGAUAAGUAGACCUUCCCUCUGAUGGGGUAAAUCUUUAAUCAUGUUGGCCAUGUCCUUUUUAAUCUAAAUACCCACAGUGUGUAUUUCAUGCAGUAUACCUAGCAGUUGUGAUUUCCCAAAAUAAAUUUUCUUUCUCAUUAAUUGUAAUAUACUUUGCGUUUGUUUUCUAAAUAUUGCUCUUCUUGCCGUGCAGGGCUGAACUUGGUGGAUUGAGUGGAUUCUAUUGUAACCUGGAAGGCCAGUUGGAGAUCAACCCUCCUGGUAUGGACUCGUCUUCUAACACUCAAGCCAGUUUAGACACUUUGCUUGCUAUUAAGCAGCAUUUGUGCGACUUUCAUAAACUCCUAGUUGAUCCACCAACGGUAAGAACAAUGUCUUGAAAUUAAAAUUUGUAUUCUCAUAUAUUUCUUAUAACAGAAUUGUGUAUUUAGUUGAUCAAUGAAUACCAACAAGGAACCCUUUCUAUUCGAAGCAUUACAUCUCCAUCAACCUUCCAUGUCUUGUAAAGCUCUCCCCCUCUUUUAUCUUGUCUGUUUUUUGCUACCAGUCAGUUUAAGGUGCUCUGUACUUGAUUAUUUACUUAGACCUAUUGGUGAGACUGCAACUAAUGAAAUAAGAGCUGGUCCAUGCACAAUGUCUGUGUUGGAGUUUUUGUCUGUAAAGUUAAAUUCCUAGGUUUAACAAAGAUGCCAGUAAAACAUAAAAAUAUCUUACAGUGCCUCCACAUUACUGUCUGUGUUGUCCUUGAAUUGCUUUAUGGCAAUUUAUUUUCUGGUACAAAAUCUUCUAGGCUGACAAGAUUCUCGGCAACUUUCCAAAAAGAUGAGUUGGAAAUUUAUUUUUGGUAACUUUUUGCUCUGGUUUAACCCUUUCACGACAGUGUCAUAAUAUAGGAUUUUCUGACCAACUUGUCCUGAAGGAGUUAGGAAUGUCUAGAUUACAAAGAACUUCCAUUUGAGAAGAAUACAUGGAGCAACACAGACAAACAACUAACAGUUUACUUAAGGUUGAAGUCUUGCUUGACUGGUAGUGACAGUUGCUUGUUUCCUUAACCGUAAACACUACAUUGUUUUUUUUUAUUGGGCUAAAUAAAGCGGCAGAGGUAGGGUUAAAAAAAAAAGGUUGUGCGCCUCUGCUGUCCUCAUGCUUUGUGGGUGAACUCACUGCCCAGUCAAGUCUCUGGCACCUACGCAGGAAUACCUAAUGAGCGAGCAGUCUUACAUUUGUUCAGCAGUCCCACACAUGCAUCAAGUGUGUGACAUUACAGUGAUUAAUCUACAUUCCAAUGCCAAAUUAUUGAGUCUUCAUGUUUGGUGUUGCUGAAAGUUAAUCCUCCUCACACAAAUGGGUCCUCAGUACUUGUCUAAGCAUUGGAUUGGCCUGAAAUAAUACCCCGGGUGGUGGUGCAUUACACCAGUUCCAGGUGCACUAUUAUGCAUGCGCAAACCAGAACUUCCGGGAAACCUCAGAGUGCGGAUCGCUAUGCUGUUCUCUCUGGCAGCCGGAAGCUUGUCAGAAGGGUUCCCCGUAUCAUAAGAUUAGCUGAUCUUUCCCUUGAAAAUCUAUUCUGAUUUAAAACUGCAAGUUAUGGAUGGAAUUGUUUUGCAGAAAGUGGACUGUAUCUGCAAGAUGGACACCGUGGAAUGCCUCUGCUAUACUUGGCUUUUGCUUAUUGUAUCUGUGCUACUCCUCUUAAUAUGGUUCUGGGGUUUAUAAAUAGGACCAUGGUGCUGCAAUUUCUUGGUUAAAAUUAAGCAGAGAAUAUGCAAUCAUUCCCAUCUUGAAUUCUUAUAGAGAAUCAAAUAGUGUAUCAGCUGCUCUGCCUGAGAUGUUCCGCAGGUACCGAAGAGAAGCGUCUUUCGAUUAUUUCUAGUGUCUGGUGAAAAUUUAUUUACCUCUUCUUAAGACAUCUAAAAUCUAGACCCAGCACCAGUCUACCCACAAAAAUAGUCCACCAAUUUCAGAGCUCUUAAGGCAGUUCUUCACUCCCCUCACCGAUUCAGAUCUUGGUUGGUUGAUUGGACCUAUUACAAUGCGGCCAGAUCACAAUACGGUUUCCCUCACAUCAACAGACAGGGCAGUGCCAGAGGCAACGUCUGUUUUAGCCAUGUACCAAAACUGUGUACUGGGCUCAGGAUCUCUGGGAGUUCCUCUCUCCAUUCCAAUUAUGUGUCAGCAAGGUCAUCACUUACAACCUCAGCUCAAGAAAUUUGAAUCAAGAGUAAGGGUCUGUAGAUCCGAUCAUGUUCACGGUCUACAGAGAUUUUGAGUGCCCGGAUAGACCGUUUAGCAAACAGGGAGAACCUGAAGACUCUCAGGUUUGCCUCUCUGUACAGGACAGACAAACUAUCCAACAUCAACUAUCUAUCUAAGGGUAUUUCUCUGGGCUUACAUUUUUUUUCUCCUAUAGACUGUUUCCAAAACUUCUUCAAAGAGGUAACAGACAGAACAUUGGUUCUGCCAAUCUUUCCGUACUGGCCAAACACGAGCCAGUUUUUGGCCUUGGUGGAGAUGACUUUCAAGUUUGGGGAUCUUCCGAAUCUUGAAAACACUUUUGGAAGACAGGAUAUCCUACUAGAACUGUUGAAUAGGUUAUUGACGGUAGGGCACUGCAUGGUGUAUUCUUCAUCUCCUGCAUCUUCAUGAGUCAGAGUCCUCUUGUUGCGUAUAAUCUUCUAGCCGUUCCGCCUCUAACCUUUACAUGAGGAUUUGGGAAUUGUCAUUGUCUUCUAGUUAAUUUGUCCGGUUGGUUCAAAUUUACACUUCCUUCAGACGUUUUCCACAGGUUGGGUGUUUUCACAUUAAGACCAAAUUGUAUUCCCUAAAUUCUUUCUGAGAAGGGAUUGAUCUUCGUAUAUAUUGGUUAGAAGUUUCUUUAAAGCAAUAGGCCACCCAGGAAGCUCUGUUUCCCUCCUGGGAUCUUUCUUCAGUCUUUCAGGUCACCUUUUACUUUGUAGGUGGUUCCUUUUUAAUAUGCUAAAGCUCAACCAGCAUUCUUAAUGGCCAUUACCCCUGCCAAGAGAGUAAGUGAGCUUCAGGAUAUAUCUUGUUCAGUGGAAUGUCUUAUAUUCCAUCAGGGUGAAAGUUGUUUCAUGCUAAAACUUCAAAUCUUACAGAGUUAUCUUUUUAGAGCCAUUAAAAAGCUCAUCCUCUAUAAUUAUGCCACCUCCCCGCUGGAACUAGAUGGCAUAUUCUAGAGUUAAAAAAAAAAAAGGGCAUUUCAGAUGUACCUAUCAAUAUCAGCCAAAAUCAGAAGAUCAGAUCACCUGUUGUCAACUUCUAGGAAAGUUUUAAGGGGAAUGAAGCCUCUCCUAAUUCUAUUUCUCGUUAUUUUGUCAAUCAUAUGGCCUAUGCUUUAGUAGUUUUGAUUCGCCAGCGUCUUUCACAGUGCAUUCCACAAAGGCCAUGGCCACUUUGUGGGCAGAGAAAAGCUCUUGCUUCACCUGAAAAAAUCAGCAUGGCUGCUUCUUGGUCAGCUUUUAGCACCUUACAAAACAUUAGGCAUUUUCAGACUGAGAUGUACUCUCUGCCUCUAAUGUUGCGCUAGGGCGUAGGUACUUCAAGCUGUUUAGGCAUACAGUUUUGAUGUCUGGAUAAGCACCCCCCCAACCUCCAAAAAAAAUAACACCAUUUUAUGUUUCCUUCUUGUACAGAAAUACUCCUUGCAGACCACUUGGGGAGUCCUUGAUCCACCUUUGGGAAACACACGUCUCCAUGUAGUGAAAUUACUUGCAAGUGCAAUUAACGCAAACAACAAAGCAUUAAACCAAGAAUUGAUUGACCUAGACACCCUCAAUGUAAUAUUGGUAAGUGUAAAAGGGUUAUAUUUGUCUCAAAAUUAUCUUCCUUUCAUAAGCGCUCUCAUCUCACACCCCAUAGAUGCAAUCCUUAACUUAAUCACAUGAGCAACAAUAUAACCAAACACCUUGUGAACACCAGCGGAAAAUGUAUAAAGGACAAAUUAAUCUUUUAGAUUCAGAAAUCUCUAGAGCUGAAAAUUCCUCCCAAACUUUAAAAAUGAAUAUAAAAGCAUACCACUCUCUACAGAAAAAAUGCAAACACCGUAGUAUUGCUCAAUAUUGCUUGUUUAGUUGUGUAAAUUUCACUCACAAGAUGGUAAAAAAUGGUAAAAUCAUACCAGUCUGUAUAAUGCCGCCUCUUGUGUUCAUGUAAAGUGGAGAAACUCAAAACAGUGUAUAGAAUUUUUUUUUUUUUUUUAAACCAAAAAACUUCCUUGCCUGUACCCAUCAAAUGGAGUAUAUAAUCCUUCUUCCAAUACCUCUCAAAUUUUUCAAAUGUUAAAGGAUCUUAACAUGUAUAGCUUGGAGGAAAGACUAGAACAUUUAAAUGUAUAAAGAGGAUCAACACAGAAAAGGAGACUAGAUUUAAAAGAGAAACUACCACAACAAGAGGACGUUAGAGGGGAGGUGUUUAAAAAUACCAGGAAGUAUUACUUUACUGAGAGGGUAUUGGACACAGCCUUCCAACUGAAGUGGUAGAUGUUAAAACAGUGAGGAAGUUUAAGCAUGUGUGGGAUAGGUACAUGGCUAUCCUAGAUAAAAGAUAAGGCCAGAGACUAAUGAAAGUAUUGACGAAAUUGGGCAGACUAGAUGGUCUGAAUGAUUAUCUGCCUUUCUAUACUAUGUGUGUCUAUUUGCAUUUUUUUUUUUUUUGGAUGGUAUGUUUUUGUGACAUGCUCAUUGCAUCGAUACAUUAGUAUUUAUAAAGUUACACUAGCUAACGAUAUUGAAUUGAUCUGGAUGUUUUCUGACCACCACGUGUUUGGGUGGGUGGUUUUGAAAUUAUGUGGAGGUGUGACAUGUGAAUAAGUCUGUCCUAUAAGCACCUAUGACCGGAAAUAAAAAAAUGUCUAGCUUAAAUGGUUCACCUGAUGAGCUAUACAAAAUUGUGGUUUUGCUAAGAACGUAUGACUUAAUAUACAUCUAAUUUUAUUUAUACCUUUCUAUUUUCUAGGAUCUUUAUUUCAAAUAUGUGUACAAUAAUUUCCUGCAUUCACAAGUAGAACUUUGCAUCAACACGAUUUUAAAUUCUGCACCUAUUGAAGAAACCAACGAAACUGAUGAACAAGUAAACCCGCUCGUUAAAUAUGUAAGGAAAAUUUGUGUUCUGCCUGUAUAGAAAGAAACCGUAGAUGUGCAAUUCAGAGACUGGCAUAAGUGGAUAUGGGGAAAAAUAUGUACCUAAAAUGCAUUGACCCAAGAUGGCUUUUGGGUGGCACUUUACAUAAUGCAUUAACACAUUUUGUGGAAAUACGGUAUAUAAAAUAGCAAACUUGUUAAAUAGUCUAAAAGUUGCAAUGCCUAGGACAGCCCUGAAACUAGCUAAGCUAUCUCAGCCAGUGUUGAAGUGUUUUUUUAGGGUGGAUGGGGGUGUAAGUUUCUUGUUCUUUUCAUGCUGGUAAAAAUUAUACCUAGAACAUCCCUUGCAAUAUCUAUUCAUUUUCCUCAAAUAGGGCAUGGUAAACAAAAGUAUUUUAGAAUAUUAAGAACAUUUGAAAAUGACAAAGAGAAAUCAAAUGUUGAAAAAGUAUUACUAUAGUGUAAUUUUGUAUUUGUUACAUGUAUUACUCGGUAGCACUCUUAAAACUCAUAAUCCUUGUCAGCUUUUACAGAAAUGUCGACUUUUCCAUAGAACACUUUCAGCGUGGGAGGAAAAUGAAAAAGAACAGUAAGUGUUUUCUAUAUUUAUGUGUGUGUUUAGAGAUAGACAUGAUGCACAGAGUGCCCUACCCAUUUUCAUAAGUCAAACUGUUUUAAAUGGUUUGAUUUUGUACCCAGGUUCAGCCCCUCCCCAUCUCCACUGCUUCAGAUGGAAAGCCAGAAAUUCUUAAGCGGACACUCGGGCAAGUUACUGAUUGGGAACGUCUCGCUCUCCAGCUUCAAUAGAGGAGGCCUUGAAAAUGUCAUCUGGCCAAUCCAUGUAAAAAGUUGGGUCAUUCAAAAACAGUUUGACUACUUAUGAUGGGGAGGGCACUCUGGGCAUCUUGGUGUUUGGAGUAUUCCUUUAAAAGGGAGUAACCUUUUUGUUUGUGUUUGCUUCUUUUAUUAUUCACUACGUUAUUUAGGAUCAUGCAUAAUACUUUAAAAGUGAAGUGCAUGCCUGAAACGGAUUUGGAAGUGACUCUAGGUAACGGAUCCUGGAAAGAGGUUAAAGAAAUUUUGAAGAACAAAAAAAAGAAAAUGGGGGUGGGGGGGUGGGGGGAGGGGAAUGAAGAGGGAAGGGGUAUAAAGUGGUUUCAUUUUUUAAAAAUUUAUUUUUGUCCAUAAAAUGCAUUAAAGAAAUGAGUAACCUAUGCUACUUAUUGUAAUGUUUAUGGUGCAAUAAAUCUUGGGAAGCAGUCUUUCCAACUUUUGUCAAACCAAUUUUAGAGCCAGUUGAGGAAGACACUGUGUUCUCCCAUUAUCCAAUGCCUGCCAAGGUAACAAUGGAUUUUGUUUCAUUCUCUAUCCAAAUUUGGAAGUGACUGUACCAGUAGAAUCUUUGAACAAUAACUAGUACAAUAUGUUGUAAUCAUUUCAAUGCCUUAAUGCUGAUUUAAUGAACGGUACAGAAGUGGUUGAAAAUUUGCACAGACUUGUUGUUUAAGUCUUCAUUAAUAAAUGAGACCUUUUUCUGUUACUUAAGGUCAGAAGGUGGAAGACGGAAAGGCUUCAUGGGUCACCUGACAAAAAUUGCAAAUGCACUGGUUCAGAGUUCUGAAAAAGGACCUAAUGUCAACCUUGUUAUACAGCUGAUUAAAGGUGAACAAGAUUACAAAUAGUUUACUGUAAUGUAUUUUCACAAGAUUCUGAAGUCACUUGGAGUUCUGUGAAUAUAAGGUUUAAUAGUACAAAUGUCUGUAUUCGCUAUAUCCAUUCAAUUCUCAUAAAAAAACAAACCCUGUUUAAAAGUUAAAUGUGAUGAUUUGAGACUCAUUUUUUGUUUUAAAUAGUUGGCGCUAUUGUCGUAAAAAAGAGGUGCAAGAAUGCGCCCCCCCAACAUAAUUUGCAGCACAAUUCAAGUGAAAAUUCGUAAAGACAAGAAAUAGAAGUGACAGGGAGAAGUGAAACGUUUUCUUUGGGAGUAUUCAGUCCGAGCUCUUGCGCGUUUGGAAUUUGCAUGCCCCUCUGCGUAAAGUGUGACUAAAAGGGACACACGUGCUCUGGUUUACAGCUCCGCUCAUUCAAAUGUACCAGUUUAGAGAUUCACUGUGGUCAAAGUUCAAGCGUACGGGCUCCAUGAACGAUCACUGUACUUAUAGACAAUGGCGAAAUGCAUGCACAAAACAAACAUGGCAAAUGGCCAAUAUUUCAGUGGCCGUUUGAAUAACAACCUAUCAAACCCAAGAAACUUCUGGAAAAUCAUAAAUCUCAUACAAACCCCCACAAUCCACUCCCAACCCUCCACUAUCAAAAUGGACAACCAAACACUGCAACAAUAUGUAGCAAAUGUCUUUAAUAAUUAUGUUGGAUGUGCUACCACCCUGGUUGAUAAGAUAACAAAUGACACUCAUUUUCAGACCGCAAAAAAGGUCAGGCCCUGCCAAAUCUUCAAAAUCCUCAUAUAGAGAAAUUCAAUUUUAGACCUGUGCCUGUUAGUGUCGUUAAUAAACAUCUUAAUGAUUAAAAACUAAAAACCAGUGUGGACCAGAUCAAAUCCCAGCAAUGUUGCUUAAGCAUAGCGCGCCAGCAAUUGCUAAACCUGUUACUACCCUUAUCAAUGAAUCCCUGGUGUCAGGAUACAUACCCAAACUUUGGAAGACUGCAAAAGUUGUACCUAUCCGUAAAAGUGGUGACAAUACUUUGGUAUCUAUCGCCCGAUAUCAUUGCUCAAAACUCGGUAUUGUCAAAACUCUUGGAAAAAUGCGCUCACGUGCAACUAUGUGAAUAUGAUCAAUGAUCAAAUUAUCUGACCCCCUGAUCAGGCUUUCGUCCAAAUCACUCAACUUCGACUGCCCUCUUAAAAGUUUGCAAUGACAUCCAAAUUGGCAUGGAACAAGGAGACUUAACUGGAGCUAUUUUUCCUUGAUUUUGCAAAGGCUUUUGACACAGUAGACCGUGGCAUUCUUUUGCAAAAAUUUAAAAACUCCGGCAUUGGUGAUCGUCCGCUAACCUUGUUUCGAUCGUAUGUUUCCGAUCGAUUGCAAUAUGUGGCAAUUUCUUAUAGCGCUUCCCUCCCUCUUCCAGUUAUGAAUGGUGUUCCCCAGGGCUCCAUACUCUGCCCCCUGCUAUUCACAUUAUUUAUAAAAGAUCUGCCUAAUGUCUGCAAAUCCUCAAGUAUACACAUGUAUGCAGACAACACUGUAAUCUAGGCUAGUAAACUCAAGCUACCGCAGCUUGAGGCUGUGCUCCAAAACCAAUUCACAGAGGUAGAAAAGUGGAUAGCGGAUAACACUCUUCCUAAACACUGACAAAACCGUUACAAUGAUCUUUGGAACUGUACCUAAAUAACGUAAGCUGCAAAAUCAACUGUGUAUCAGAACAAAUUCAAAUAGCACACUGACAUAAGUCUGCUCUUCUAAAUAUCUAGGUAUGUUGCUAGACCAAUCUAUACUUUGGCCUUCACAGCUUUUCAAAACCUUACCCAAAACUAGGUGCCCUGUACAGAAACAAAUCCUGCCUAAGCCCUACAGUCAGGAAACAGUGUAACAAAUGCUAAUGCCAACCAUUGAUUAUGGGAAUGUAGUGUAUGCACCUGCACCCGCACCGCAAACCCACCUCAAUAAAUGUAAUAUGUUAUACAAUUUGUUCUGCCGCUUUGUACUAGAAUGUAAUUACUUUACCCACCACUGUGACAUGUUAAAUGAGCUAAACUGGGAAGAAUGCUUUCCCCUGCUGUUCCCACCUCCUAUAACCUCCGAUCCAGUACUAGCACGAUAUUUAGCUUACCGCAAUACAAAAAUAAAGUGGCAUCGUUUGGAGUUAAACACUGCUUAACUAGUGUUUGUACCUCAUAGUGGUAAAUGGUUACAGGCUAUGGUCGCGUGAAUGUUUGGUCUCUAUUGUCGUUUGGGCUGUACUGUUGUUCUUUAUCUUAGUCUGCCAUGGGUACCAAUGUGGUGGUGUGUGUGUGUGUGUAUAGUAGUGUGUCUUGUCUGCCAGUACUAUCCUAGAUAGGUCUGUGGUCCAUAUCAGUAGUCGUGGGGGUUGUCAGGGCCUGUGUGUAGUAUGAUUGUGGUAUCGUGAGUCUGUCGAGCGCUGUGUUGUGGUAUGUGCAUUAGAUGCUCUCUGGAUACUGAUGGUGUUGCUUGGUUGUUAGGUAAGUCGAUGGGUAUGUGGGGCUGUGAGUGCAGUCUGGUUUCCGCAACUGCAAAGAUGAAUCGGCUCACAAGUGCUGGGUAUAGUGUCCAGGGUUAGCCGAUGCCUAGGCUUGGUAAUGGGCAUAGGGGGCUGUAGGCGAUAUGGUAGCAAAGUUCUGGUAAGCCCUCCUCAGGGCCCUGGACUGUCCUAGGGACCCGCAGCCACGGACUGCGGGUUCGGUUUCUCCUGGUGAGGGCAACAUUCUGCCUUGUGUAGGUAUUAUCGAUGAUCCUGGCAUGGGGUCUCCCUCUGUAGCGUCGGAUCUUCCGCACCUGUAGCUGAUGUUCCAGGGGUAAUCCCACGGUUGACUUCCCUCUGAGUGGGCUCCAUACGUAACUGUGUGUGCACUUUGCAUUUGAAGUUCCCAGGGGGGACCUGCUCCUUUCCCGCCCUUUUUCUCUGCGCCUGUGUCAUUGCUUGUGCUUGUAGCCGCUUGCAGAGGGUAGCUGGCUUGCCUCUGUGCUUGUGAAGUUUGUAUGUCGGUUCUGCCAUUAUGUAAUGCAUUAAACGUGUCGGGAAAAAUGCGUCAAGUAGUGUCAGUGCAGUGACUCACAAAGUCUGGCAUUUCAUAGCAUAUUUUCUUUCUCUUGUUAUCCAUGUGUCUUUCUCUCAUGGGUUCAGUUUCAUGUAACUGAAUGAAUGUAAAUCUGUUUUGUUUUUUGUCAUUCUUUAGAUCUCACAGAGGAAGAGCAGGAGAAGUGGGAUAAUUUCAUUAGUGGAUCCCUUACAGACACCAAUAAGAAGAAUACUGUGGACCUUGUAAGAAUUUCUGUUUAGUUUUUGUUCAGUUUUUUUUUUUAAUUCUUACUUUACACAUAACAAAAAUUUGUAGACCAUGUAAUUGUAAAACAUAUUCCAAGCGAAAUUAAUAGGGUAAGUAGAACGGUUCUGGUGUACCUAAUAUACCACACAGGAGAGAGGGAGACAGACUAGCACUAAGCUGCUCGAAAACUGGUAAUGAUAGGGAUUCGCUAAAAACCUAUAUAGAACAAGGGAAAAGAACUCUCUAGAAGAGUGGGAAUACCAGGAGCUGGCUAGGUGACUAAUGGCUAAAAUACGAAUACAUAGAGAUAAAUAUAAAUAUAAAAAUAUAUAUGGUACUAUGCCUUUAAAUCUGGAAUGGACAAAGUAUCCCUAUAAAUGUGCAAAACUGUGAGUAAAAGUGCUAUGAGUGGAGAUCUCAAACGGGAUAUCCCUUUAAAUGUGCAAGAAUACAAAGAGAAUGCUGCUAUACCUUUAAAUGUCCUUUAAGAGUGUGCAAACAUGCAAAGCAGUGCUAUAUAAGGGGGGUAAAAAAAAGUGUGUGUGUGUGUGUAUAUAUGUAUAUAUAUAUAUAUAUAUAUAUAUAUUUAUUAUAUAAAAUACUAAAAUGCAAAAAGGGGAAAGAUGAGAGACCAAAUUCUCUGCUGGAUGACCAAAAAAUAUGUAUGAAACUGGUGUCUAUAUCCCAAACAACAUGAGGGAUAAAUGAUACCUGUUGCAAAUAAUAUACUUAGUAAAAGAUAGGAGUAAAAAAUAAGCUAUACAGUACAAGGAACUGUUAGCUUUAGGCAAUAAAAAUGAAAACAAUAUAUCGCUGGAAAACUGAAGCAUAAAACUGGAUCACUUCAUAUAAGAAAAAAAUGCCAGUUUAUUGAAUAUAUUAAAAUAACUUUGGAAAAAGUUAAAUAUAAAAAUACACGUCACACUAGAUUCAGAAAUGCAUUACCAGACUGAAGCAUUGAAAAAUAACAGCAAGGACCUUCAGAUUGUUAAGGAUGGAUAUGGAUUGUGAUGAUUCAAUAUACAGCUGCCGGUGAGGAUGGCUUGUGUCUGUGAGCAUGUCCCGAGCAGGAGCCUCACUUCAGGGGACGUGCAGGACAGAUGCCUCCGGUGGCGGUACUUUCCAAACAGGUCCUGCGUGUGCAGAUUAGUGGUGCUGCUGGUACAUGCGUCUGAUCCCGUGUGUUGCUGGAAUGCCUGUCUUACGCGUUUCGUAGGGAAUGGGCCCUACUUCAUCAGAGACAUUUACUGCUUUGCAUGUUUGCACACUCUUAAAGGACAUUUAAAGGUAUAGCAGCAUUCUCUUUGUAUUCUUGCACAUUUAAAGGGAUAUCCCGUUUAUUUGAGAUCUCCACUCAUAGCACUUUUACUCACAGUUUUGCACAUUUAUAGGGAUACUUUGUCCAUUCCAGAUUUAAAGGCAUAGUACCAUAUAUAUAUUUUUAUAUUUAUAUUUUUUAUAUUUAUCUCUAUGUAUUAGUAUUUUAGCCAUUAGUCACCUAGCCAGCUCCUGGUAUUCCCACUCUUCUAGAGAGUUCUUUUCCCAUAUUCCAAGCGAGUUUGUUUUGAAUUGGGAAAAUAACACUGACAAGGAGAUAUAAAGCACUAGAAGUGUUGUCCAUAGACUGCAAAGCACUACUCUCGUCAUUUUAAUCUAGACAAUGUGUGUCAAAUAACCAGCAACAAUAUAGAUUACAAACCAUACCAUAAAAUGUUAUUUUCAUUCUUCCAUCAUAGGUAAACACCCGUAACAUGCACUCCUCCAGUGAUGAUGACGAGAGUGACCUAAAAGAGUUCACCUUUCCCCAGGAAGCUGUUCUUCAACAGGUAACCUAUCGUUUUUUUGGUAAAUGCACACCCACAUUGAAAAGACAUUUAGCUACGGUUAAUUUCCAGUAUAUUAUACCAUAGUGUACCUACCAUACAAAAAUGCUAUGGUGGUGUUUUUGGAGAAUUAAACAUCGGAAUAACAAAAUAGUUUCAAAUUGUCACUAUAUACAGCCUGCACGGAUUUUGGCUGCUGUCUUUAGAUCAGUUAGGUAUAUUUGAAUCUAUUGUUUGCUGGUAUUUUUGCCACUAUGAUGCAUCGAAUAAGCAAAUACCCAUGUAAUUUUGUACAUGGCAGUAUUUAUUUAAAUAGUAAAUUAGAAUUGGUUGACAAGCACUGCACUGAAAGAGAAGCUUCAAUAAAAUGCAAGUUCAGUUUUGUAAGUAGCACAUGUUGCUGUACCAUAUAAAAUCCUUCAGCAAUGCUCCAUGCUGAUAUAAGUUUGCAUUAUCAUGAAAAUUAAACAUUGUCAACAAAUCAAUAUAAGACAGUCGUUUAUUGUAGUAAAACUAUGCCAUUAUCCACUUCAUCCAGUUGAUGUGUGAACAUAUGUACAGACUCUGAUAAAACCACCUCUUCAAGCAGAGAAUGGUUUGUGUUGGCCCAGAAUAUAUUUGUGUAAUGCUACCAUGUAUUCUAAACUAAACAUAUUUAAAUGUGCUAAUCUUUCUUCACAACUAAAUUGUUCCAUUCCUUUUAUUUUUAUAACCCGCCUCUGCACAUUUUCUAGUGCCAUGAUAUCCUUCUUUUGAACAGGUGCCCACAAUUGCACAGCAUAUUCAAGGUGUGGUGUUACCAGUGAUUUAUAUAGAUUACCAAUCAACCGAUAUUCACCUGUAUUUUUGACAAUCUUGUUUUUAUUAAAGUUUGUUACUUUUUUCAAUACAAAGUACAGAAGAAAUGCGUAAAUAUGAAGGCAAUUUGUAAGCAAUAUGUAUAGAGUAUUGUUACAUUAACAACGUUAAAUUCCCCCAACAUUUUGAUCAGUAGGAAUACAGUCUUCCCCGGAUGUGGUUGGUCUAAUCGCCCCGUGUUCAUCUGGGUUAAUCAAGGAACUCUAACCUUGUGUGUUCAGCUAUUUUCUGAUGAGUUAACCUUGGUGUCUAAGUCUUCGAUAUAUUAAGGCUAGGUCGUCAUCAUAUCUCAGUUUCCUAAUUAAAAGGAUAAUGAGGACUUUUAAUAAAGGGUUAUCUCAACCGUUUUCUGGGAUGUUCUUGAUAUGUGGCGCAGUUUUUGAGUUUUGGUAUGGGCUGCCUAUUGUAUAUUCUGUGUGCUUUCCAUAUUUUUGCUUUGGUUGCAGUACCGUAUUGUGUAUCUCUGUACAUAGUUUUAUUGCACUGUGGUUUGGUGUGCAUCAUUGUGUUUAAACUUUGUCAUGGCGUCAGUUUUUGGUUCGGCUACAGUGCCUGGGCUUGGAUGUCUUGCGUGUGUGUGGUUAUAUGUCUUAUGUUUAGUUUACCUGUGUGCAUUUGUCGGCGUUUUUUAGUUUUGUGGUUACCGGGAUCUGUAUGUCAUGGCGAGAUUGUGCUUUCAAAAUCUUUGCGUCUCCCUUGGGUUGCCGAUAUAAUUCCCAAUAUCGGUAACUGCGUGUUUUGUGGAUCUAAGGUUAUGUCUGUCUCUGUUUUUUCCCACAUCCUACUCUUCUCCCCCCUCCUCCUCUGCUAAGGUGGAGUGGUUAGGGUCCUCGUGGCUGGUUUGGGUCUUGUUUCCCCGGGAGUGUGUCUGUUUUACACCCCCCCUCCCCCCACCCACACCGCGUGCCGGCUCGUGCCAUCCUCUUGGCCAUGAAGUCUUUCCAUGGGAACCAAGUCAAAGCGCAUUUGUCAGAUCGUCCCUGCAGGGAGGCCGUCAUUUCCGUGCUGUAUAUAUUUUUCCACCCUGUCGAUCCAUUGUUGGAAGGUGGGUAUCGUUGUGCUUUUCCAGUGUGUCGGUAUGUGUUUUUGAGGCUACGAGCAGGUGUAUGGUGUGUGGUUAAGCAGCAUCUUCAGGGGUUGUAGUGGGAGGUCUGCAUCGGUUAUUUCUCUGGUCGUAUGGUGAAUCAGCCGCCAGAACGGUGUGAUUAAGUGAGCAUGUCCACCAUAUGUGGUGUCCCGUGCCUGUUUCCGUUCCGCAUCUCCAGCAUUCACCUGGUAUUGACUUGUGUACAUGCCGGAGGAUGUCUGGGGCCCUGUACCAGUGUGUCAAUAUUUUAUAAUUACAUUCCUGGUAUUUAGAGCUUAUGUUCCCCCUAUGUGUCAGCUGGAAGAUCUUAUCCCAUUCGGGAUCCGUGAGUUAUAUUCCGGUCUCUUUCUCCCAGCGUUCAGUGAAGCCCAGCGGGCUCCUGUCUCCGUUUUGCUGAAGUAUGGCGUACAGUGUUGAUACGCCAUGCAAGAGGUGCCGCCUGUCCGUGCAUAGUUGUUCCAGUUGUAACAACGAUCGGUGUAUGUGGUCUUUUCCCGUUAGGGUGGCAUAGUAUGUUCUUAGCCGGUGGUAGUGAAAUAAGUCUAGUCUUGUCGGUCUGCGGUCUGGCAUCAGGUCUACAAGGGUUUUGAGUUUCAAGUCAGUGCACCAUUGGAGUAAAUGUGUCCCGUCUGAUGCCUGAAAGUUCUUUAGAGCAGCAGGAUUAAGUCCACCCACCAGUCUUGGGUUGUUGGUUAUGGGAGUGAGGGGUUGGGUGAUGUUGUGAGUUGUUUGGCAUAUCUUAUCCUGCACCAGACCCUCAAUGUGGAGUUAAUCAUCGGGCUUCCUGUGCACAUAUCUCCGUGCACUGCUCCUCCUAGCCACAGCAGGGAGGGGAUCUUUCCCUGCGUCUGCUGUCUUCAUAUGUACCCAUUGUUCGGUGGUCUGGUUUGCAUGGCAGUCGACCAGUCGAUGUAGGUGGGCCGCCUGGUAGUAUGCGAGUACCGACGGCAAUCCCGCUCCUCCUGCGUUCUUCAGUCGUUCCAAGAUUGUCCUUCGGACACGUGUGGGUCUCUGAUUCCAGACAAACUGCCGUAUAUUGGUUGUUAGCAUCUGAAAGAACAGUCACGGGAUGGUCGUAGGCAGCGUCUGGAACAAGUAUAGAAUUCGAGGCAUUACGUUCAUCUUAAUUGCAUUAAUCCGACCAAACCAUUCGAUGUACUGGGUUGUCGUUUUUUUUUUUUUUUAAAGGUCCUGUUGCAGGGUCGCGAGGAGGGGUGCGAAGUUCAGUUGGUAUAUGUGCAUAAGUUCCUUUGGUAGCCAGAUUCCCAGGUAUCGGAGUUUCGUUGCACAGAUCCUGAACGGAAAGUGCUUUUGAAGGCGUUGCGUUAUGGCGGCAUCUCGGGCCAACGGCAUAGCUUCUGAUCUAUCCAAGUUGAGUGUUAGGUUGGAUACUGCGUUGUACUCUUUGAAUGCUUUCAAUAAAUUCGGGAUUGAAACUCUAGGUUGGUCUAAGAAGAAGAGCAUGUCAUCCGCAUAUGCCGCUACCCGAUGUUCUACCCGGCCCAUGCGGAAACCCUUAAUGCCACCGUCCCGUCUGACCACCUCCAGAAAGGCCUCUAGAGUGAGGGCAAACAGGAGGGGGAACAGGGGACAGCCUUGCCUUGUGCCAUUGCGGAUAUUAAACAGUUCAGUGAUUGCGCCAUUGACUCUUAUACGCGCCGUUGGUAUCGUGUACAGUGCAGCCACCCAGGUACGCAAGUACGGUCCGAACCCAAUGUGUGUAGGGAUUCAGAGAGAAAAGUCCAAUCCACGUGGUUGAACACCUUUUUGACAUCCGUGGAAAGAAGCACCAUUUCUUGUUGGUUAGCUGUAGCCGCAUGGAUCACAUUAAGGGCCCCGAAUUGUAUUGUCCGGGCCUCCCCCCCGGGAAUAAAACCGACCUGGUCUGGGUGUAUUAAGUCAGGUAGCACCUGGGCGACUCUGAGCGCCAGUGCCUUGGCGAAGAUUUUCAGGUCGGCGUUCAGCAACGAAAUUGGUCUGUAGCUGGCACAGUUAGUAGGAUCUUUACCCUCUUUCGGGAUGAUCAUGAAUGUUGCUCUCAACGUGUCCGUAGGGAACUGACUGCCUGUUUGUAGCGAGUUGAAUCCUUCUAGAAGUCUCGGUAGUAGGAUCUCCUUGAAGGUGCGUAGGUACGAUACGGGCAAAUCAUCUGGGCCAGGUGCUCUGUGGGGUUUAGUUACUUUCAGCGCGCCUGCCAGCUCUUCGAUUGUCAGGGGUUGGUCUAGUUUGGCUUCUUGUUCCGGGGUAAGCUUGCGGGCGACGUGGCUGUCCAGAUAAGCGGUAAUUCGUUCCUGGUGAUGUCGUGUUUCCGCUUCUGCUCGGUUUUGUGUUUGGUCGUACAGUGCCGCAUAGUACUUGUGAAAUGCGUUCAGGAUGCCUUCGGGGAGAUGUGUGACUCCUUGUCCCUGUGGGCAGAUCUUAUGGAUGUGCUGUGUCCUCCGCUUCUCUUGUAGCAUUUUUGCAAGCAGUCUGCCACAACCUGGCUGUUUUUCGCGCGGUGAGCAGUAGUCCCUGGGAGAAUAUGUUUAGGAGUUCUCUACGGGCCUCAGUUAGGAGCAAAUUGGUUACUUCAUCUAGUGUGCGUUUAUCUUCCUGUUCCAGUUCGGCGACUCGUUUAGACAGGUGAAUUGUACGUGCAGCAUGGUCUUUCUUGCUCUUGGUGCUAACUGCUAUGAGAUGUCCCCGGAUGACACACUUAUGUGCCUCCCAGAGCGUAAGUGGUGUGAUAUCUGGGUUGUUGUUCAUCGUGAAAUAUUGGGUCAAUGUGUGUGCCGCCGUGGUAGUGAGUUCGGAGUAGUCUAGGAGGGUCUCAUUGAGUUUCAAUUGUCGUUUUUUGGGCUUGAAGAGUGGGGAACUCGUGUGCUCUAACACCGGUGCGUGAUCUGAUUGUUUCAUUGUCCCGAUCUCUGUUCCAUGUAGUAGCGGCAGAUAUUCUUGUGCGAGGAAUAUGUAAUCUAUACGGCUGUAAUGUGCAUGGACGACUGAUUAAUAGGUGUAGUCUCGGCCUUCCGGAUGACUCGCCCUCCAGCAAUCUACCAGCCCCAGCUUGUGCAGGGAGCGGAGCACUGCCCGUAGGCAGUGUCUGGGGACUGCGCUGUGGCCUCUGGAGGUGUCCAGGCGAGGGUUAAGCGGUAGGUUCAGGUCUCCCACGACCACCAGCAGGCCCUCCCUGAAGCUCCCCAGUUUGGCCAUCGUCAGGCUAAUGAAGGUAUGCUGUUUUCUAUUGGGACUGUACAAGCAAGCGAGGGUAUAGGUGUGGGAUAUUCACGUGUAUUACCGAAAAUGAGGUCGGCUGGCGCGUCCAUAAGGAGACACAAGCGUCCACUGGCCCGGUGGGCGUCUAGAUUGGAGUGACCGGCAGGAGGUGGGAGAUAAAAACGUUAUGUGACAGGGGAGGGGGGUGCAGGAAAGAACACUAUGGGGGGGGGCAGGUGAUAGGGAGGGAACAUUAAGGGAGGGCACUAAGGUACAGCGAAAGGAAAAGUAACACUAGGGAGGGGGGGUGCACUAAAAGAUAAGGGAGGGGGGAAUGGUUCAGGCUCCUUGGCGUGGGGGGGACCUAAUGUGCAUGUGCGGCUGGGCUUUUGAGUCAAUCUGGAUGUUCUCAUGCAUAGCGUGAGGACGUCCAGUGUCAGGCGACCGGAGUCGCCCAACGACCCGGAAGUCCCUCUAUUGGCUGUCUACAGGACAGUUAACACCAGCAGGUAACUAUUUCAGUUUAUCUAAAACUGCCACACUUAUCACUGCAGGGUUAAGGGACCUGGGACACUUCAAUGAGCUGAAUUGGUCUGACGCAUUUUUCCUGACUCUCUUAAUGCAUUACAUAGAUAGUGUCCCUUUAAGUACGCAUGGGUGAAUAGUCAGGCCCUGGAGCUUUGUUGUCUUGAGUCAUCCAAUCCCCUAGUUUUUAACAGCAAUCAUUUGCAUAUCUAUUGCCAUAGGUACCUCCUUAAUAUAUAUUGAGCAAAAAUAGUUUAAAAUUUUUGCCCUUUCCUGAUCUUCAUUAACAUAGUUACAUAGCUGAAAAGAGACUUGCGUCCAUCAAGUUCAGCCUUCCUCACAUUUGUUUUUUGCUGUUGAUCCAAAAGAAGGCAAAAAAACCCAGUUUGAAGCACAAUUUUGCAACAAGCUAGGAAAAAAAAAUCCUUCUUGACCCCAGAAUGGCGGUCAGAUUUAUCCUUGGAUCAAGCAGUUAUUACCCUACAUUGAAAGAUUAUAUCCUUGAAUAUUCUGUUUUUGCAAGUAUGCAUCUAGUAGUUGUUUGAACAUCUGUAUGGACUCUGAUAAAACCACUUCUUCAGGCAGAGAAUUCCACAUCCUGAUUGUUCUUACAGUAAAAAAAAUAAACCCUUUCCUUUGCCUUAGACAAAAUCUUCUUUCUUCCAGUCUAAACACAUGGCCUCGUGUCCUAUGUAAAGUCCAGUUUGUGAAUAGAUUUCCAGACAAUGGUUUGUAUUGGCCCCGAAUAUAUUUGUAUAAUGUUAUCAUAUCCCCUCUCAGGGGAUGUUUUUCUAAACUAAAUAGGUUUAAAGUUGUUAACCUUUCUUCAUAGCUGAUAUGUUCCAUUCCUUUUAUUAAUUUUGUAGCCCACCUCUGCACUUUUUCUAGUGCCAUAAUAUCCUUCUUUAGAACAGGUGCCCAAAAUUGCACAGCAUGUUCAAUAUGUGGUCUUACCAGUGAUUUAUAAAGAGGCAAAAUGAUAUUCUCGUCUGGAGAAUGCAUGCCCUUUUUCAUGCAUGACAAUACCUUACUGGCCUUGCACAUUGUUGCAUAGUUUGUCUAUAACAAUUCCCAAGUCCUUUUCAUGCGUUAUCACUAAUUCGCUUCCAUUAAGGGUAUACGUUGGUUGUGUAUUCUUUACGCCGAAGUGCAUAACUUUGCAUUUUUCAACAUUAAAUUUAAUCUACCAUUUGAGUGCCCAGUCUAUCUAAAUCCCUCUGCAGCAAACUAAUAUCUUGCUCACAUUGUAUUAUUUUACAAAGUUUUGUGUCCUCUGCAAACACUGAAACAUAACUUUCAAUGCGGUCUUCAAGAUCAUUUAUAAAUAUGUUAAAUAUAAGGGGUCCCAGAACAGACCCCUGAGGGACACCACUUGCCACCUCUGUGCAGCUUGAAAACUUACCAUUAAUAACAAAUUUUUUGUACUUUGUUUUUAAGCCAAUGUUCUACCCAAGAACAAGCAUUUUCAUCUAGACCGAUUUCCUUGAGUUUGAACACUAAUCUGUUGUGUGGAACUAUAUCAAAUGCCUUGGUAAAAUCCAAAUAGAUCACAUCCACGGCAACACCCUGAUCUAUACUUCCACUUCUUCGUAGAACGCAAUCAAGUUAGUUUGACAUGACUUGUGCUUCAUAAAACCGUGCUGGUUUUUGCUGAUAACCAUGUUCUUCUCAAGGAAUUCUUGAAUAUUAUCCCUUAAUAACCUUUCAAAUAUUUUACCAGCCACAGAAGUUAAGUUCACAGGCCUAUAAUUUCCAGGCAAGGAUUUUGAGCCCUUUUUUGAAUAUAGGAACCACAUCUGCCUUCCUCCAAUCCUCUGGAACACUUCAUGAAAGAAAAGAAUCUUGAAAGAUUUAAAACAGAGGUUCACUUAUUUCUACACUUAGUUCCUUAAGUACACGUGGAUGGAUACCGUCGGGCCCUGGAGCUUUGUUUAUAUUAACUUUCUUUAGUUGCUGCAGCACCUUGUCUUUAGUUAACCAAUUACAAUUAUUCUGCAAGUUUUAUUUUUAUUUUUAUUCUUUAUGUUGACAGAGAUAACAUGCAUAUAUCGAUCACAUUCCGUAAUUCAAACAAAGAUUGACAUUUACAUUGUAUACAGAGUGUAGUAACUUAUCUAUCGCAUACUCACGCGGCAAAUGGUGGUUUAACAGUCUCCACCUUUGCCCCCUAAAACGAUGUAUUAGUCACCUUAAUGCUUUCUGAUAUUGCGAGUUACCAUUUGUCAACUUUAGUUUAGUGAUUUGUAACAGAAGAAGAAAAAAAAAAAAAAAAAAGAAACAAAAAACAAGAAUUAUUUGGUAGCAUAUGAAACUUGGCUGUUGUACAUGUACAUAAAAAACGUUGGUGUGUGUCCUCCAACACUGAUCUAAUAUUGUGUUGUGUAAUGGGUUUCCCUGUGUCUGAGUUAGCCUGCAGCGUGUUUCCAACCCUCUGGUCUUUAAAGGGCCCAUUGGGUCUCCCAUCGCGGGAGUUGUUAAGCUCUCUACAUGUUGCUAGCAGCUGACAGGGCCCUCUGAAGGCUUUGGUUUACGUUCCUCUGUUCACACCUGGUCUUUAAACUAUUUCCGGAUGUACCUCUCCCUACAUCCUCUGGGAGGCAUAUGCUACACAUAAUAAGAGAAGAAUAGAAGUAGGAAAAAGGUAGAUAGGUGUCGAAAAAAGAUAAGGUAGAGGUGGGGAGGGGAGGAGCCGAGGAACCGCUUCCCUUUGUUUGGCUAUCUUGUAGGCCUUAGGUCUACUGGGUGUCCCUAACUCAAGGGGCUAUCUUCCCAUGGUGCCCAUAUUUUCUGGAAUUGUUUUUGAGUUCCCCUAACUCUUGCCAUCAGGUCGUCAAUCAUAUGUACCUCCCUUAUUCUAUUGAUGACCCCUGCAAGAGGUGGAGUGGUCUGUUUAAGCCAAUCCGCUGCCUCUGCUCUCCUGGCUGCUAGUUACUUUUAUGGAUGAGUUUUUGUUUGUGUCUAGUCUUACCAUCUAUUGUUCUGCUGAGUAAGUAUAACCAUGGGUCUGGGGGGGGCUCUGUUCAGCACCUGGGCUAGUAUAUCUCUAAUUUGUUGCCAGAACCUUUUCAUCAGGGGGCAUUUCCACCACAUGUGGAUAUGUCCCUUUCAUUCCGCACCCUCUCCAACAAAAGUCGGUAGGGCACUUUUUCAUUUGAUACACUACAGGAGUUGUAUACCAGCGAAGCAUCGUCUUAACUGCUUGUUCCUGUAUCGUUACGCAUACUGAGGAUUUGUGAUUGGCUUCCCAGAUCUCUUGCCAUUCUAUCCCUUCUAAUUGCUCCCCCAGGUCCCUCUCCCAUUGUUCGUGUAGGCCAGAUUUCCCCCUUCGUUAGUUACAGAGCAGAGGUGGGCGUACAGCCGAGUUAUCAGACCCUUAGGCAUAUUUGUUCGAAGAAUGUCAUGGGUUUUUGGGCCGCUGCCCGCACCCAUGGGAGUUUUACGAAAUCUUUUAUUUGUAAGUACCUGAAGAAGUCUGCAGGCGUGAGGUGACCCCUUUGUUGUAGGGUGUCGAAAGAUACUACCUCUGAAUCCUGUACCAACUGAUGUAUGCGUUGCAGACCUAUUCUUUCUAGAUUCAUGAAAUUUCGUGCUGCCAUUCCCGGCGGGAAUGCUCUAUUUCGAAGAAACUGCAUCAGAGGGGAUGGGGCUGAUGCCAGCCCAUGUUGCUGUUGAGCUCUAUCCCAGAUAUGUAUAGAGUUCAAUAUAGCUGGGCAUGUAGCUCUAAUGAUUGGUCUUUUAUCUUUGGGGACCCAAAUGAGUAGCUGCGGAAUGUCUGCCCCCACCAUCAGAGAUUCCAAAUCCACCCAUUUGCGUUCUCCAGGUGGCGAGUUCCAUAAGGCUAUUUGCGACAAGUGUGUCGCCAUGUAGUAGCCAUAUAGGUUAGGCAGAUUCUGCAAGUUUUUAGUAGCAAUAAUUUGCACAUCUAUUGCCAUGGGUUCUUCCUUAAUAUAUACGGAGGAGAAAUAGUUAUUAAAAUUCCUGCCUUUUUCCUGGUCUUCAUUAACUAACACCCCCGUUUCAGUUUUUAUGUUCCUACACUUUAAUUUUGUUUUUUGUUUUUUAGAAUUUAUGUACUUAAGAAAUGCUUUGGGGUUGGUUUUGCUCUCUUUAGCUGUCAUUUUUUUCAUUUUGAAGUUUAUCAAGUCUAAUUGCCUUUCUGCACGCAUUAUUAUUUGCUUCCUUAUAUCUUUUAAAAGAUGCAUCUGAUUUGUCCGAUUUUAAAUGCCCUUUUUUAUUUUUAAUCUCUUGUUUUACUUCUCUACUAAGCCACAUUGGUUUUAAUUUGUUUCUUUUAUAUUUAUUUCCCAAUGGUACAUACUGAGAAAUGUACCUUUCUAAUAUUUGUUGGAAGAUGAUCCAUUUAUCCUCUGUGUUCUUUUCACUAAAGAGUUUAUGCCAGUCAAUAUAUUGUAAAGCUUCCCUUAACUUAUUGAAAUUUGGCCUUUUUAAAACCAUAUGUUUUAGUAUACCCCGUGUGCUUUGGUUUUUGUGAGUUUAUUUCAAAGGACACUAUAUUGUGAUCACUAUUUCCCAAGUGCUCACCAACUUGAAUGUUGGUCAAAAGAUCAACGUUGUUUGUUAAAACCAGGUCCAGACAAGCGUCUAUUCUAGUUGGUGCUUGUACAAGUUGUGACGUGAAGGUGUCAUUUAACAAGUUUAAAAACCUAAUUCCCUUUGCUGAGCUAUUAGUCCCUCUGUCCCAAUUUAUAUCCGGGUAAUUAAAAUCUCCAAUAAUUAAAGUGUUACCCAGAUUUGCAGCUUUCUCAAUUUGCUCAAACAGCUGUUGUUCCUCGUCAAUAUUAACAUUAGGUGGUUUAUAACCUAUCACAACCAAUAGUUGGUUUCCUUCUUUUCCCCCAAGCAGAUAUUUACCCAUAAAGCUUCCACAUUUUCCUCAUCGCAUUCCAUUUGCUUAAGAUUUGGCUUUAAAUCAUGGUUGACAUACAACAUACCCCACCACCCUUCUUGUUUUUUCUAUCCUUCCUAAAUAACAAGUACCCAUUUAAGUUAACUGUCCAGUCAUGUGUCUCAUUCUACCAUGUUUCAGUUAUGCCUAUUAUAUCAUAUUGUUUAGUGUAUGCUAAUGCCUCUAGUUCCCCCAUUUUGUUAUUUAGGCUCCUUGCAUUAGGAAGCAUACAUUUAAUAUUAUGCGUCACUUGUAUAUUUUGUGAAUUAUCAACAUUAUAUACCUUUUCUGUUCUGAGCUUGCCCUUCCCCCCCUGUCUCCACACCCCUUAUACUGUGCUAAAGCCCAUCUCCUUUCAGUCCUAUCUCCAUUUUGUAGAUUGCUAUGACCCUCCCCCACCUACUACUAGUUUAAAAUCUCCUCCAACCUUCUAGCCAUCCUAUCCCCCAGCACUGCAGACCCUCUCCCGUUUAGGUUCAAUCCAUCACUACUAUAAAGGUUGUACCCAAUCGCAAAGUCAGCACAGUGCUCUAAAAACCUAAAACCCUCCUUCCUGCACCAAGACUUAAUCCACGCAUUGACCUCUCUAAUCUCCCGCUGCCUUUCCACUGUAGCGCGUGGCACAGGUAAUAUCUCAGAGAAUACCACCUUGGAGGUCUUUUUCUUAAGUUUGCUACCUAAUUCCCUGAAAUCAUUCUUUAUGACCUUCCAUCUUCCUCUUACUUUGUCAUUGGUACCAACAUGGGCCAUGACCGCUGUGUCAUCCCCAGCCCCUCCCAAUAAUCCACCCACUCUGUCAGCAACAUGCCGGACCCGAGCACCCGGGAGACAGCAAACUGUCCGGUUGAGCUGAUCAGAGCGGCAGAUUGCCCUAUCUGCUCUCCUAAUGAUAGAGUCCCCUACUACCACAACCUGUCUUGCCUUCCUUACAUUUUGAUUCCCACCCAUACUAGGGGGGCUGUUAGAAGUACUCCUGAGCUGAUGCUCCCAACAUCUUCCCUCAAACUGGCAAAUCUGCUAGGUUGCACCAAAUCAGGACUAGCUAGCCCUUUCCUCUUCCCUCCCCCUCUGCUUCCUUGCCCCACUGUCACCCAGCUACAUGCCUGUUCCCCAUCUGUGUUAUCUCCUCCCUCUCCACUACCUGUCCCCACUAAACUCUGCUCAGUGAGCAGCAGACUCCUCUCAAGAUUGUCAAUCUCCCUCAAAGUUGAGAUUUGCUUCUCAAGAUCUCCAAUCUGAGCUUCCAGAGAAGCCACUCGCACACAACCAUCACAGGUAUGGACACUGGACGGGUACAUCCAGGCAUCCAUACGUGCAACAAGAUGUGCAUUGAGUCAAACCAGCAAUCUUGCUAACACUCAUUUCCCCAGAUACAGGACAAUAAAACAAUUAUCUUGAUAGUUUAAACACCUUGUUAGUUUUAUCUCCUGGUUUUCUAACUCCUACUUGAAAGAGUCUACUUAAUAGAGUCUGUUUUCAAGAAAUGUGAGCAAUGAACACACCCAUAUCUGUUUUCAGUCUACCUUUUCUUUUCUUUUUUAAUUUAUGUACUAUGGUUUCGCUCUCUUUGUCUCUUUAUUUUCUGGUUUCUCAUCUUUUUGCAUGCACGUUUGACUUUCUUUAUUUUAUUUUAUUUUAAAUUCUUUAUUUUUGUAGUGCAAGUUUAGAACAGCAAGCCCAUGUUGCCACAACAGCAGUCACAGGCAUAACAUCAACAUACAUUAUCUGACAUGGCAAGUGAGAGAACUGCACAGUUUUAUAAAUUGAAGCAGAAAAGGUCCGCACAUUCUAUGUUUUGUUAAAAUAACUGAAUGAUAUAUGAGCUUGAUCUAGGUAUGCUUGAAUACAGUACUAACAUGGUAACGUUAGAAGUAAACAGGUGAUGGUCGCUAAACCGAACAUAAACUUCGCCUAAUCUGGGCGAUUAAAGAGUUAGGGUGUAGUGUCGCGCUGCUAGCCAGUGUGGCCUCCCAAGGCUAUGUGCCUCAGCUCGCUGAGGUCAAGGACACAGCGACAUGAGUGGUAGGGCUGUGAGUGAUAGGGUUAUCCCAUACCCCUAGCGUAGCUAUAGUUAAGUGGCUAGACUGCGUGUGCUAGUGUGGAUAGUAGGUAUGCAAUUGGGUUGAAUUAACCGACAUAAUGUCAAGCUGUGAUGGAGUGAACCACCCUGUCUUUAUGAGAGGUAUGUGCUAUACAUAUGGUGUAUAAAUGGAUUAGACACGGUGGGCGUGAGAUAGCGAGCUUAGGCUACUUCAUUGUGGCCCAAGGUGCGUAUCACCACUGGAGUGGUAUUCGGGGAGGUCACGGUGUUAAAUGGGCUGUGGUGGAGGACCCUGGGUGUUGUUCAAACUGAUAGUCCCCGAGAGUUCACACCUUUGUGUAGGUGAAAAAAGAAGAAAACGUCCCGGUGAGCAGUCCCAGGCUCAGAGUCCCGGUUCAAGUGGUGGCUGCCGCAUAGGGUUCCGCUGGUGUUUGCCUUGGCACAAAUUCCGGUGCGCUAGCCGAGUGUGUCCCGAGGCCUCUCUGCGCUGAUGCAGCUUCUAGGGUUGACAGUGGGAGGUUUAGCUUCUCUAAUGCCUCUGCGGCCUCUUGUAGGUUCCGGGCCAGCACAGGGCCACUUGCGCUCUCUAUGCUCAGGGUCCGGCCGGGUCCCCAGCGGUAUCGGAUCUGUUGCUGCCGUAGGAGAGAGGUGACCUGCCGGAGGGACCUUCUCCAGGACAGUGUGCCACUCGAUAAAUCCGCAUAGAAAGAGAGGGACAUUUCUUCAAAGGUGUAUGUUGGCCGGCCCUUGAUGGCGUCGAGUACUGCCCUUUUGUCUCUUGCUGUUUGAAAGCGGAGGAUUAUAUCACCGGUGGCCGUUGGUGGGGCUGUAAUCGGCUUUGGGAUGCGAAAAAUCUCAUCCAGCAGGAUCGUUCUUGCCACUUUUGGAGUCAGGAGCGCAGUUAGCAGUCGCCUGGUAAGGUGAGGGAGCUCUGCUUCAGGAAUGGAGUCCGCGACCCCCCUUAGCUUCAGGUUAUUUUGGCGUCUCCUAUCUUCUUGGGUGGCCAAUUGUUGUGUAUGUAGUGUCGCUUGUUUUUUCAGGUCGCUUACCUCUGCUUGCAGUUCCGCAAUCUGGCUUGUGUGGUCUCUGGAGGUGUUUUCCACCGUUCCCAGCCGGGUGCACAGGCCUUGCAGGUCUUUCCGGAUUGUUGCCACCUCCGUUGAAAUUUUUUCAUGGUGGGAGGCCAUGAGUGCCGAGAUAGCCUCCAUGGUGACCGGCGUGUGGGUUGAGGCGGGUGGUCGAGGUUUCUCAGGCAGUGGUGGUAAGCCUGUUGGUAUGAGGCUCCCUUCUCCCUCAUCGGAUGUCUCAUCCGAGAAGUCUGUACAUCCUCCAUGCAGGGACUCCAUUGUUGCGCUCGCGGCCUCAUGGGCCUGUCUCCACAUGUCCCCGAUGUUCAUACCCUGACGGGGCUUGUCGGGCUUUGGCUUCUUCGUUUUUCUGCCCAUUGUUGUCGGGUGUGUUAAGGGCACCUUGGGGUCCGUUGGGCCGUGUUGGGAUUCAAUAUCAGCAGGUUUGUAUAAUUUUAGUCGGGAGCUCCUCGGCCAUGCGACUAUCCUUGUCCGUAGCUUGACUCCGCCCCCCACGUUUGACUUUCUUAUACAAGAUGCUUCUGUUUUAUCUUAUUUUUAAAUUCUUUAGAUGUCAUUAUCUUUGUAAUUUCUUGAUUUACCUGCCCCCGAAGUCACCAUGGUUUAAAAUUGCUUGUUAUAUCAAUUACGCAGUACUACAUACUGAGAAGUGCACCUUUCUGAUAUUUGCUUGAUAUUACAUUAGUCCCUACUUUCUUUAUUUUUCCCCCCAUUAAAUAAUUUGUCAAUUUAGUCAAUAUGUUGUAAAGCUUCCCUUUUAUGGAAAUUGGCCUUUAUAAUAUUGUUUUAGUAUACUCGUGCAUUUAUUUAUUUUUUCUCAGACACCAGAUUAUCACUAUUUCCCAAGUGCUCACCUUCUUGAAUGUUGGUCAAAGGAUCGACAUUGUUAUAACCAGACGCAGACGACCAUCCUUUCUAGUUUUAAUGUUGGUGCUUGUACCAGUUGUGACAUGGUGUCAUUUAACACUUUAAAAAUCUUGAUUCCCCUUACUGAACUACUAGUCCCUCUAUCCCAAUGUAUGUCCAGAUAAGUAAAAUCUCCAAUAAUUAACGUUUUAUGCAGAUGUGCAGCUUUCCCAAUUGCUCUAAUGGCAAUUCUUCCUCCUCAAUAAUAACAUUCAGUGGUUUAUAACGUAUCCCAACCAAUAAUUGGUUUCCCUUUGCUUGCCCCAAGCAAAUAUCCAUAAUGCUUCCAUAUUUUCCUCAUCACAUUCCACUUGCUUAAUAUUUGACUUUAACUCAUGUUUGAGUAACAAAUCUACCCCACCAUGUUUCCUGUUUGUUUUUUUUUAUGUUCUUACUAAGUAAUGUAUAACCAUUUUAGUUAACUGCCCAGUAAUGUCUCAUCCCACAAUUUUUUUCACUAUGCCUAUUAUGUUAUAUUGCUUAGUGUAUGCUCUAGUUCCCCCAUUUUGUUAUUUAGGCUUCUUGCGUGAGUUAACAUAAAUUUAACAUUAUCAUGAGUCUCUUGUACUUUGUGAAUUUGUAUUACUUUUACAUAACUCACCUGUUCUAAUAUUGCCCAUGCCCCAUCUGCACCCCUUGCACUUGGCUAAAGUCAGUCUCCUUUCUGUCCUAUCUCCAUUUGUAAAUUUCUCACCCCCAAUCCCCCCACCACCACUAGUUUAAAAUGUCCUCCAACCUCCUAGCCAUCCUGUUCUCCAGCACAGUAGAUACUCUUUUCACCUGGGGGCUAUAAAGAUUGUACCAAACGCAAAUUCGGCCCAGUGCUCUAAAGUCAAAACUCUUUCCUACACCAUGACUUGAGCGACUCAUUAACCUCUCUAAUAUCCUGCUGCUUUUCUACUGUAGCGCAUGGCACAGGUAAUUCUGAAAAUACUAACUCAAAGGUCCUUUUCUUCAUUUUGUUUUCUAAUUCCCUGAACUUAUUCCUUAGGACCCUCCGUUUUACUCUGACUUUGUCUUUACCAGUAUGGACCAUAACAACUGGAACAUCCCCAGCCCUUCUCAAUAAUCCAUCUACUGUCAGCAGCAUGCUGGACCCGAGCACCCAUGAGACAACAAACUGUCUGAGAGAAUCACAGUGGCCGUUCUCUAAGCAAUACAGUCCCCCUACAAUGAUGAUGUGUCUAGCCAUUUAUAACCCACCUCUCCCCCUCCCGACCCCUCCUUCCACAUGAUAUUGUUACCCAGUUGUUUUAUAUUCUCCUUCUCUUCUAAAGGCCCCCCACUAAACUCUGCAGCAGAUUGUCAAUCUGUUUCAAUGUUACAAUUCGCUUCUCCAGAGAAGCCAUUCGCUCACACAUGCCACCGGGGUGUGGACCCUAGAUGGAUUCAUCCAGGCAUGCAUGCAUACAUGUAGCAAGAUGUUCAAUCCUAUUAUCACCCAUUUCCACUGUUACCAAACACAAGAACCGGACAGUAAAACAAGUACUGUUUUAAACGCCUGUUUUUAAUUCCUUCUUAAGAGACUACUUUUAAGCAACUCAAAGUGAACAAGCUCAGUGAGUCAGCUGUAAAUGUGAUUAUUCAUACCAUAUUUUUUUUUUAUAUUUUCUGAUUUCUCUCCAUUUUCCCCGGCAGGCCUUUGUGGACUACCAAAUGCAGGAGAUGACCUCCGCCUUUAUUGAUCACUUUGGUUUUAAUGAUGAAGAGUUCGGAGAACAAGAAGAGAGUGUAAAGUUAGUAUAUUUAAAAUAAUUUUUAAUUUAAAUUGAGUACAGCAGCUAAACAGAUGGAUUUAUUCUUUUAUUUUAAAGGCUGAUGUCUUGUUUUUGGUAGUUCACCUGCAUAGCAAUAGGAAUGUAACACUUCUGACAAUCUCUAGUUAAUAACUUCAGGUCAACCUUUGAUUUGCAAUAAAGCUACUAUUAAGACUUACAAUUUUAAAGUUAAGGAUUAUUUAAUUUGCUUUUUUUUUUUUUUGUUCUGUAAUUUUGAGGCACUGUGUCUAUGCUCUUGGAUUUUAUAUUUUUCCUGACGUGAGGUUUUUUGAAUGCUAUCUGUCCAGCUCCUUGCUUUCAUUUCAUUUUCUCUAGUUGAUGUGUGCUCUGUCUCUCUCUGACUUGCAGCGCUCACUUUCGACAGCUGAAGAGGUAAAAUAAAAUAUUCCAAACAUUAAAAAAAAAAAAAAAUAGGGCAUGAAACGGCAGCAUUCUUGCACCCUUCAGCUGCUAUCUGUGUCUUGUUUAUAAGACUAGUAACUGACUGUAAUGCUGGCUUGCGUCUGUCUUAAAGGAGACCAAAAAUGGCCUUCAUGAUUCUGUGGCUUGAUGUAUUUAUAUCUUUCAGGCAGUCCAUUUCAUUAUCUCAGUGUAACAUUUUACAUCAUAAUUCAAAUACAAUAGCUCAAUGGACCUUCCAACAACACAUCUUCUGCAAUGAAUGGAGAAAGUUUUUCUACUUUCCUCCAUAAAUGAGUUUUCAUAAUGUAACCUAAAUGCAGUUAUUUCUUAUAUGGUUCUUCCCCUUACGUAGACAUAUAUCUUCUACUCAGGUGUUCUAUGAAGGGUUGCUUUUCAGUACUGCAAAAAGCGCAACCAUUACGCAGGCAAGUGGUUCAUUUUUUUUUGUUUUUUUUUUAAAACCUCAGUCCUGUGUAUUUUCUAUUUGGUGAUGUUGGAAGUCUAGAUGAGCUGUCCAAUGGCAAUAGUCACCUUGCACGAGUUACUAUAAAGCAUGAUGGAAGCCACUGUAAGCAUUGCUCACAAAAUUGUUCAUAAACACUGCCUGGAAUGGGUAUAGGAACACGGUGACAUAAAAGCUGCUGCAUGAGUAGUCACAACACAAAAGAAAUGCAACUCUGUUUUUUUUCCUGUGUACGUCUUUAUGUGCUUUUUCUUUUCUUGUUUUCUUGAGCUCUUGGUGCAGUGCCUUAACAAAAUGCCUCUCGCUCAACACAUGUUAAAUUUAACUUUUUUUUUUUUUUUUCUUAGUGCGCCAUUUGACAAAACUGCCAACAUCACAUUUUCUCUUAAUGCCGAUGAAGAAAGUGUAAGUGUUUUUCUAAAGUUAAAAUUAUUGGAUCUCCACAAAUGGGCACCAUGUCCCCAUGUAGUUUAAUACCUAAUAAGUUACACAGCAACUGAAAAUGUAUUUAUAAGGAAGAGUCUGCAAGAUUGUAUUUAAAGAUUUGUCCUUCCUACAGCCAAACUCUAAUCUCUUUGAAAUCUGCUACAAAGAACGAAUCCAACAGUUUGAUGAUGAUGAAGACGAAGGUUCUGAUGGUGAAGAUAUCUGGCAGGAGAAAGAGAUGCGUUUUUCUUCUGGCACUAUGCAAAGUACUGGUACCAGGUAGUGAUAAGAGGCAUACUUUCUAUAUUUUUCUCUGUAUUGUAUAUCUAGAAAGUUCUUUCUAGAAGGAUGGUCUUAUAAGCAAUGUUUUUCUGCGCUCCCCUCCCCAUUCCCUGCAAUGCCCUGUACAGGAUAAAUGCCUGUCGCUUUUUAUGGGCAUUAUACACACCAGUAAACCUAUUCAUUCAUUCAUUCAUUCAUUCUAUUGUGGUGGUUUUUAGUAAACUGCAAUCACAAACUCUCCGAUUAAACCCCAACUGGAGAGAUCUUGGUAUCUCCCAUCAGCUAGGGACAAAUUUAUUUGCUACACGCUGACAGGUUAAAUGCAACAAGCACUCAAAUUAAAACCUGGCACAUUCUGUUAUUAAGGCAUGGUUUAAAUUUCAUUGUUGAUCACACCACUUGUUAGUAUCGAUGAGGUCACUAGCACUGAACUAGUCAACGGAAAAGACACUGGGGGCUUGAAGACUCAAAUAGGUUGUGUUUGUGAAUAUGCUGUUAGAAAUAUUUGAACAUGGGCUAUAAUAAUUGAGGAUGAGACUUGAGUCAUUCAGUCAUAACUGGUCAAAUUAAAGGGAGCUCUUCUUUUUUUUUUGGGGAAAAGUUCCAUUUAGUCACUGACCACUGUCCAUACCCCUUGAUAAAAAAAAAAAAAAAAGACCUCCAAUAAAUAUUACUUGCCUUGUUUUCUGGCACCUCCGCUGCAGUCGCACUCUCAGCAUACCUGCUGACUCUACUACAUUGUUUUUUAAUACAAUGCUUCUCAAAUACAAGCAUUGGGGACGAGAUACGUUGAGCAGCAUUUGAUUGAAGAACUGCGUUUGACUCCAAUUACGAGGUAGCAGUGCCUCAAGUGGCCUGGCUGCCUUUAGUGGCCCUUUAAAGGGUAGGGUGACGAAGUUGGAUAUAUUGGGGAUAACCUAAAAAGAAGUACUUUACACCAAGGCAGCAUACUUGAGUUAUAUUACAGUCUCUGGAAUAAAUAAAAUAAAUUGGAAAUCAUCCAUUGCUAGUUCCUAAAUUGUUCCUGUGCUUAAAGAAGCAAGCUCCCAAAAUCAUGUCUGUAGACUGACGGCAUCUACAAUUUAAAACUUUUAAAACCAGACUGCAGUCACUAGCUUGGUAGUACAAUUUUGAUGCCAGUGCUUCUCUAUUUUUAUGAAUUCCUCUUGUUUCAAAUAUAUAGCAAUUGAGGGUGCUGGCUUAUGGCAGGCUGAAAACAGGAUAGUACUAUUAAUUUUAUUUCAAAUUAAUAGUACGGUUUUAUUUAAUGCAAGGGUUCACUUUUUUACCCUGGAGAGACCUAGGUAUCAAUUGAUACUAAAGGGUCUGCUCUGUCAGCUAGGGCCACACUUAGUGUCUUCAGGCUGACCAAUAUAAGCUGUAUGCAGUGCUCAAUUUGAGUGCUGCCCCUGCGUAUAGUCCUUUAAAUCCAUGAAGAACACCGCGCUGAGCGAUUGCUCUCAGUUGCAGUUAUUCUGGACUGGCAGAUGCUCAAGAGACCUCUGGGAUUUCCUGACAAGGCCCCAUGACAAUUGUGAUCAGUACUGGGGUAUGCCAGAUGCUUAGCACCAAUCACAGUAUAAUCUGCAUACUUAAUUUUCAGCAUUACAGAGGUAUGUUGUGCUGAAAACAGCCAGUAGAUGGCGACAACAUAAUGCUCUGUACUUUUUUUUUUUUAACAAGGAAAUUGGUCUGCUGAUAUUACCAACGGGUUUCCUCAACUGUAUGGUUAGUUGUAGGGUUAGGGAUAGUGUAAAGGUAAGGUUAGGGCAAGUAUACGUUUAGUAUAAGCAUGGGGUUAGAAUUCCACAUAAGAUGCAUUUAACAAGCAGAACUGAUAUAUGGAUCUAUUUUGAGCUCUCUUUAUUCAGUUUCACUAGAUUUUUUACAAUUAUAAACAAAAAUAUGAAAAAACAUGCCCCUCUGAUUUAUAACAUAUUAUGUUAAUUAAUGCUUUGUUAGGUAUACACAUAGGAUAUAUAUUCACAGUCCUUUAAAAAAAAUUUUUUUUACAAAUUGUAUAUAGUGUGUGUGUGUGUGUGUGUGUAUAUAUAUAUAUAUAUAUAUAUAUAUAUAUAUAUACUUAACACAUAAACACUUACAUUAGGGUUGAACAAACAGUGCAAAUUCUAGGUUUUCAGAAUCUGGACAAUUGCGUCUGUCUUUAAGGGGUUCAAUAAACUAAAGGAAAUGCAAUGCUGUUUACUGAACAGUGUGAUUUGCUCUUACUACUAGAUGGUAACUGCAAUUGCCUGAUAAUUUUAGACCAUUUCUACCUGAAAUUAUUAUUAAUGAACAUUGGUGCUUAUUUCCCAAAUAUGCACACCAUCAUAAACUUACACUCAGAAAUCCGCAAACUUAGCAGAAUUAAAUUUUCCUUACUGGUUUGUGUAUAAAAAAAACAGACAAAAUGAGUAUUUUGAAUACUUUGUGUCACAUAUGACACUAAAAUAUUGGCAUGUGCUUUCCCCUCCUCUAUAUUAGGAGUUGCGGAAGUACAGAUAGCGAGGACAGUAGAGACUCUGAUGAGGAAGAGGAAGAUUCUGGUGGUGGCGAUGGUACAAAUCCUAAUCCCGGUGAUGCCCUUCCAGCAACAUCAGAAGGUAGGAAAAUGUUGUAAUUUUGUUAUGGCAAACUAGUCAAAAUCCAUCAUUUUCUCUCUUAUUCCUCUGACUAAUGGAGUCAGAGAAAAGUCCAGGUUCCAUUCUACUCUAUAAUUUCUGCUGCUAAAAAGUAAAUACAUAGGAGUUAUAUUUUUAAUUAGUUAUACCUUACCAGAGGUCAUUUUCAGGUUGGGGCUUCAGGAUGACUCACAAAUGUGUUGUGGGGGAACAAAACAACUUGUACAACCAUUUUCUUAUACUUGCAUUGAUUGUAGGUUUCUAUCAUCUUUGUGAUUUACCUGCUUGUUAGGUGAUAAGUAAUAUCCCAUCUGAUUAUUACACAGAUGGCAACACCUAGUAGACCAGCCAAACCAAAGUUAUAUUGCGUGUAUCAAAGCAUCAUUUUGAAUUGUGCCAAUGGAUGUUUAUUCUGUAUGUCACUUCAUUAACCCCUUAAGGACCAAACUUCUGGAGUAAAAGGGAAUCAUGACAAGUCACACAUGUCAUGUGUCCUUAAGGGGUUAAGUACCAAAACCUGUCUAACUGGAUUCAAUGUUACUCAGAACAGAGCGCUAACCACAAGUAUUUAGAACUGAAUCCAGCAGUCCUAAACACCGCCUCCCCCCUCUGUCAGUUCGUAGAUUGGCUUCUUCUAGAUAUAGGACUCAGUUUAACGUGGUUACAAAUCUCUACACAAUGCUUCUUUAACCUACCUAUCCUCACUAAUACACAAAUAUAUCCCUUCUAAGCCCCUACGCUCUCCUGAAUACCUACGUCUAACCUCUGUUCGUAUUCCUACCUCUGCUUGAUUUAAAGACUUCUCUAGGGCUGCACCAUUCCUAUGGAACCCCCUUCCCCUCUGUUACACUUUCACCCCGGAGUCUCCACUCCUUAAAAAAUAAUCUUUGAAAAUGUACUACUUCAGGAAAAAUAUGAAUUAAACUGUCAACAGCUUUUCCUCCCUACACCAUGAUUCCUCUCUUGCAAUGGUCAUCAAAACAAAGCACUAAGCUCUCGGUGAUCCUAACAACCUACUUUUCUACCAUAUCCUUACCUUUUGUGUCACUAUACCCCACUCCGUCUAGCAUGUAAGCUCAUUGAGCAGGGCCCUCAAUCCCUCUGUUCCAGUGUGUCCAGCUUGUCUUGGUAUAAAUAUGUGUCUGUUAGUCCACCCAUUGUACUGCGCUUUGUUGGAACUUGCAUACACGCAGGAGAAUUUCCUUUGUUGGCUGCUUCCUUAAGUAUAUUGGUAACUUUCGGAAUUGCUUUGCAAGACACUGCCUGGUGCUCAAUAGUUGCUUCAAUAAUUUAAUAGUUAAAAUCGUUUUAGGAUUGUUAUGCCUUUAAGAAAAGAACGUAUGCUAUAAUUACAGUGGCCUACUUAAACUUAUUUUGUUUUGUCAUCCUAGGAGGCACGUAAUAGGUGGAGGGUGAAAACUCUCUCCUGUUAGAGAGAGCCUAUCAUAGAAUUAAAUUUGUUUUAAAAAAAACUUACAUUAAUGUUACAUUGUUGGAAAUUAUUUAUUUAAUAAGAUAUAAUAAAAUUUCAAUGUGUAAUUUUUUUUUUUUUCUUUCUAAUGUAUUCAGAAAAUAGCUGGACUGCAACCUUUGAAUCUAUGCCUACAGAUGUUUCUUCAUCUCCAUUAAUUAGCUCAGCAGACACUGGGUCAUCGCUAUGGGAUAAGACCGCUCCAGGUGCCAGUUCUGAAGAGGGCUGGGCUGUGUUCACAGACAUCAGUGCAGAGAUGAGGUUAGCAUUUUAUUAAUUUAUUUUAACAAACUAUAUCUACAUUAUGGUCUUAAGAAUUAAAAAUGGAUCGCUUCCAUACUUUAAUGUUUUUUUUUAGUUCGCAGGAGAGUACACAAAAGGAAAAACCUGCAGAUGUAGAAAACCUCAUUCCUCAGGAAGAUUAUAAAAACAAAGUGUCUAAAGAAGAAAGUAUGUAUCCUGAUAGUUUGUUUAAUCUGUUGCUUAGGUAUAACAUUUGUUUAACCCCUUAAGGACGGUUCAGGACAGUCAUUGGCAUUUUUGCAUUGCCGACCGAUGACUGUCCUGAACGGUAAGAUGUACCGUCUCUGAAUAACACCUCACAUGUACAUAUUUUUCUUAAAGUAGACAACCCAAAGUAUUGCAAAUGGGGUAUGUCCAGUCUUUUUUAGUAGCCACUUAGUCACAAACACUGGUCAAAAUUAGCAUUCAAUUUAGUUUUUUACUUUUUUCACACACAAACAAAUAUGAACGCUAACUUUGGCCAGUGUUUGCGACUAGGUGGCUACUAAAAAAAACUGGACAUAUACCCCAUAUUGAAUACCCUGGGUUGUCUACUUUAAAAAAAAAAAUAUGUACAUGUGGGGUGUUAUUCAGAGAUUUAUGACAGAUAAUAGUUUUACAAUGUCACUAUUGAUAAAUUUGAAAAAAAUGUAUGUUUUGAAACCGCAAUAUCCUACUUGUACCUAUAACUUGCAAAAAAAAAAAGCAUGUAAACACUGGGAAUUUUAAAACUCAGGACAAAAUUUUGAAUCUAUUUAGCAGUUUUUCUUUAUUCGCUUUUGUACUUUUGUAUUUUUUUUUCAAUUUUUCAUCUCAUUUUUUUAUUUUAUUUUUCAAAUUAAAUGAGAUUAUAUAAAUAAUGGUAUGUAAAAGCCUUUUUUGUCCUGAAAAAAACAAUAUAUAAUUUGUAUAGGAACCGUAAAUGAGAGAGCGGAAAAUAACAGCUAAACACAAACACCACGAAAGUGUAAAAAGAGGCCUGGUCGCAAAUGUACAACAUCGCAAAAACAGUCCAGUCCUUAAGGGGUUAAAGAAGAAUUCCUUCUGUUUCAGAAGUAAAAUUUUUCAUAUACUCUGGAUGGCAAGACACAUUGAAAUGUUCUGUUAUUAAUUUUUUUUUUUUUUUUUUAUAGUAACCUCAAUAACCUCAACCAGCUUUGGUAACAGCCAGGAAAGUUUAGAGCCCACGCAUUGUUCUGUUGUAGAUAUGGAUACAGUUCCAGUUAAUUCACAUGGUAAAUCUGGUGAUGGAUCAGAAUGCAGGCUAACCUGGAAUGGGGAAAUUGAAGAAUCUAUGACACAAGGGAAGCCAAAGACAGAAACUCACGUCAGGUAGCAAUUUCUUUCUAGAAUCAUUUGUCAUUUUUCCAAAUAAAUACUUUUGUUUUGUUUUUGUUUUUACUUCUAUUUUAAAAAGGUCCUAUGCAAUUUUGUCCCUUUUUUAGGGUAGAAGAUACAGCACCAUCUACCUCUACUAUGGAUAAUAAAGGGGAACCUAAACUUCAAAGUUUGGAACUACCAAAUGACACUAUAGAUAAGAAUUCUAUUGAAACUCACCUGCAAGAUAACCGGUAAGCAGGCUGUUUACAACUCUACCACAAGAGGUAAAAAUUAUCUUUAAAAGCACACUAUAGUGUCAAAAAUAUAUACAUGUAUUCCAGACACUAAAGUGUCGUUAAGGUUUCCGACCCCCCUCGUCCCCAGCUCCGAACUUGCUGCGCUACUUGAUAGAUAAUCAAGCUUGAUCUCAGCCAAUCCAAUGAUUUCCCAUAGGAAAGCAUUGGGAGGUUAUUGCGCAUGCGCAGUAAAACGCCUCACUGCGCCAAUCGGCAUCUCAUCUUAGAGAUCCAUUGAAUCAAUACAUCUGUGAGGAACGUGUGUGCUGCACACUGUGCAGCAAUGACACAGGAAGCAGCACCUCUAGUGCUGCCUGAGUGCCACUGGAGGUGUUCCUAGGUAGUAAUGUAAACACUGCCAUUUCUCUGAAAAGUCAGUAUUUAUAUUAAAAUGCACGCAGGGACUAGACAUCAAAACUACUACAUUAAGCUUUAGUUUAUAGUAACAAGAACAUCCAUUUAAUGCCUUAACAUUUAUUGGGCAUUCCUCUUCGGUGCCCUUAAUUUUUCCAUCCCAUUCUAUGUCAUACUGUUUCUUGGGACACGAAGUCAUCAAAACGUGUCACAUGAGCAUGUCCUUAAAGGAACUCUAAAUGUUAGAAAUACAGAUGUGUCUUCCGAACGGUAUAGUGCCCUAGUCACAGUUUAGGUGACAGGGCCCUCGCACUCAGAUUUAAAAGCAUUAUUUUAAUUACUUUGUCUCCAUCGCAGUGCAGCAUCUCCAGCGCACAGCUCUGCUUUCUUGGUUGAUCCGCUUUCUUGAUCUCUGCCAGUCCAAUGCUUUCCCAUAAGUAAACCCUGCACUGCGACAAUCAUUCUCUAAGGCCAGGUUAACCCUACAAUGAAAACAUUGCCAUCUGUGUUUUCAGCUACAUGGUUAGAAAGGGAGACACAUGGCACCCAGAAUCACUUUGUUGAGAUGAAGCUGUCUGUGUGCCUGUAGUGUUCCUUUAAACACUCUCAACCAAUACAUGACUUUUUUGCCUGUGCAAGAGUACUCCUGCAGAUAAAUAGCUAUAGUUUGCUGACUAGCAAUGGUGGACAAAUGCCAGGCUGAUGUGUUUAUUUUUCAUGAACUCAUGCUAUCCCUUAUCGCCAGUGAUAGGUAGUUUACAAUAAAUGAAUAAAAUUUAAAAGUUCUAUAAUGCAUUAUAGUGAGGUUACAAUACCUGUAAAAUGUUAUUGCAAAGCAUCAGAAACAUGUUCUGUAAAUCUAUCCACCAAGUGUAAUUGUUUAUUGGUAUUUUAAUGCAUUAACUCUCUUCUUUGCCAGAGAAUCCAGCUCAUUGCACAGUACUACACAGAAUGAGGUCCAGUGGCCUUCAGUCCCGGACAGGCAAACACCAGAAUGUUCUCCUGCGGAUAAUCUAAAUUAAGUAUGUCAGGUUUGUACACUAUAAAACUUCUUUAGUGCUUGUAGUUGGAACAGGGGAAAAACUGCAGCACUUCUGCCCAGUCGCCGUGGCUUGACUGGGGUAUUGGAACCACUGCGUCCUGGAGCUGAAUGCGGAACUCGCUCUAGACACCCUCAGGCACAGGACUUUCCCCGUUGAAUCCUCCACACUAGUUCUGGGAGUACAAGCUGGAAUGCCUUUAUUGGCAACCACAACUGGCCUUAUAUGCAGGUCCCCCUGCAAGGGGCACUGCCCCUGGACUGGAGAGUAAACCACAGUAGAAACAAAUACACAAUUACAUUGGCUCUCAUAUCCAGGACACUCUUAUACACAACAGGAUAAUACCUCCCCUGUUCCUGGGAGAUAAUGGAGUCAAGUACUGUAUUAAACUCCAUUAUCUCCAGGUACAAAGAGCACACAUUUCCCAAACACCCCAAAAGUACAUUAAAAAUACAUAAAAUCCCACCAGUUACCUCCCCUGAUAGCCCCGAUCUGGGUGACCAACAUAACCAAAAAUCACCCAGAUCGGUUCAAGAAUUUCCUGGAAGUCAUAAUUUGACGGACCGCACGCAUGGUCCCAUGCCCAAACCCGUUCCAGCUCUAGUUUGGUAGGUUAAAAAAAACCGAACAAACUACCGAACAUAGUCAAUGUUCUUACCCUGGAGCUUGUUUCCCUUGUUCAUGGGAACGUUUCAACCGAGCAGCGCCUUUCUUAGUGUUGUAGAAUCGAACCCAGGCGAUCAUGGAAGUCCAGCAGUGUUCGGGAAUUUCAGUGUCUGCAAAUAGUUCCAUGAACUCGACGACCAAACACUGCUGCCUGUGUUCAUGCAAACUAGACUGCUGCCACCUCGUGGUCGUCCAUAGGAAUUGCGGCCACCCAGACGAACACAUAGAACACUGCGGUGGAAAUUGCUACUUUGUAGCAAUUAGGCUUAAAAAGCUCCAGGGCGGUCUCUGCUUCGUGAGGCUGUUUGGUUCCCGAACCAUAUAGUCCAAAUACGCGAACGGAGACUUUUACAUCACACUUUGCAGGGCCCAUGGUCUGGGUCUCCAGGAGCUGGUGGCAAACUAACGUGGAAAGGGGAGUUUGUCACAGUGCUAUUUAAACAGGUAAUGAUAAUACAAGUGUGACCUGGAUACACUAUAGCCAAAUUAACCCCUUAAGGACACAACUUCUGGAAUAAAAGGGAUUCAUGACGGAAUAUUUCCGUCAUGUGUCCUUAAGGGGUUAAGCAGUUUUGUAUUUACAUUUUGCCACUGCCGUCUCUCUACUCAGUUCCCUGCCAUCUAGGAGUUAAAUUAGUUUUGUUCCUGUUAAUGCAUUCCUGCAGCCACUCCUCCCCUAGCUGUGAUUCACAUAACUAAAUGAGGGAAAAACAUUUUUCAUUUAUAAUUGUACAGCACAUUUAGAAGUUUUGUUUUCUUGUUUUUUAUUUUUUUACUUUUUUACAAUAAGCAUGUGAAAUUCUCUGCCUGAAGAGGUGGUUUAUCACAUACAUCAGGUGGUCUAUACAUAUUUUUCAUGGAUAUAAUUUUUAAUGUUUGGGGUAACUGCUUAUUGAUCCAACAAUUGCCAUUGUGAGGUCAAAAAGGAAUAUUUUUCUUGUUUGUUGCAAAAUUGGAAAGCGCUUCAUACCUUUUUUUUUCAACCACAAACCACAAACUGAUGUGAAGCUGACACUUCCCGGCCGUAUCUUUUUACCCUAUAUAAUAUAUGUAACUAAUGGAGCAGCAAAUAUAAAUUAUUCUAGUCUGCGUAUUGGCUGUGUAUCCACUAUAAUUAGUAGUCUGACCAUGAUAAAGUGACACUGUCCAACAGGUCUUUGUGAAUUCAACAAAGUCUCCAGGUGGUGACAGUGCUGCGUUAACCAAUUUUAAUAAUUCCCCGCAUGGUAAUACUGAUUGUGCAAUGAAAAUAUUUUUUUUUGCUGUUUGAGCUAAUGAUCUGGGAUGGCAAAUAAUGUUUGUAUCUCCCUGAUGUUUGUGUUUUUGUGUAAAUCCUAAAACUUGUCAACACUGCUUUGACUUAUGUGAUCCUCCUGCAUAUAAUCUGAACAUUGUCUUGUGAAAGUAUAUCCUAAGCCUUGUGUUUUUUUUUUUGUUUUUUUUUUGUUUUUUAGGUAAACCUUACAUCUUCCUCUGGCAGCCUUUACAUCACAAAAUAUCAGUUGACUGCCCGUCCAAAGAUCUUUAAGGCUCUGACUGGAUCACAAUGCAGGACAAUACCCAGGCCUCUGUCUCCUUACAAAGGAGCAAAUGGGACAGUUCAGCAAAACCUCAAAAUUAGUCCUACACAGGCUUUGAUUUCUGAAAACAAAAGUCUACAAAAGGUUCCUAGAACAGUUUUUUGCACUGAUAUUACUGGCUGUUAAAAUUCUAUAUACAUGUACACAUUUAUAUAUAUAUAAUAUCUAUAUGUAUGUGUAUAUAUAUUUAGGAGAAAGAAAAUGCAGUAAGUAAUAAAACAAAUUAAUGGAAUUUAAAUUAUAUAUAUAUAUAUAUUUUUUGUUUUGUUUUAAUCAAAUAAAUCUUAGAUGCCACGAGGCAUAAGCACAAGGCAGAACACCAAAAGCUUUUUUUUUUUUUUUUAAUCUUUUUCUACCCCAAUCUCCCCAGAUAUUAGGAGCUUUCUAUGCAGAUGUGCACCAUGCUGUGACUGGCCAGAGGACCGAAUUCCUCUGCCUUAAUGUUUCUGCUGUGCCCAAUUGCACUUUUUUGUGCAUAAUGCUACAGUUGAAAAAAUUUUCAGUGACAUUUGCUAAAAACAUUUUUCUUCCUACUCCUGUAACCUUUGUUUAAACACAUCACCCCCCUUCCACCAUUUUUAUUUUUUACUUGCAUAGAGAAAACUUGAAGUAGUGUAAUUACCAAAAACUACUCUCGCUGAAGAUUUCUAAACCAGAUUUGUUAGAUUUACCUUAAUGUUAGCAGUGCCUUAUUGUUCCAUAAAUAUGUGAUAUGUCCGUUUCAGUGGGAUAGUCUUUUAACAAUCGAUGGUUCCUGUAUAUUUUAUGCAUUGUAAAUGGAAAAUGUGACUGGUGGCUGACAUGCAGCAUAACAUUAAUUUUAUGAUCAGUCAGGGCAUAGAUGCCAUCUUUGGACUAUUCUGCCUUGCAUAUGUUUGCACAGACUUUUUUUUGUCUGCUUUAGAGCAUUCUAUACAUGAGAGUAAAUGUGGAAAAAAAAAAUAUAGUUUUUCAGUAUCCCUAAUGAGAAGAAUAUUUUUAUUUUCUUCUCUUUGAGAUUCUUACGGAUCAUAUAAAUUCCCUCUGGUUGUAGAUUUAAGUGCCAGCUUCUAUAGUACAGGAUCCAUAGAAAUAACAUAAGCAGUGUUGUCUAUCUAGUGGCAGAGAAGUAGCCCGUUACAUAAAAUAAAACAUCUAUAUGUAUACAAUAUCUUAGACUUAACCUACAUAUUUUGCUAAAUGGAAAUUGUACUCCCACCCCUUUCACACCACCAUCGCAAAUCAAACAGACUUGCAUACAUGUAAUUUUCUCUUAAAUUGAGAACUCUCUUGUUGUACUGGAAAUUUCAGCUGUAUCUUGUUAUUGGUGUUAUGUUCUGAUGACCACUCAGUGUUUUAGAAGUUGCACCUUUUUUUUUUUUUUCCUUAGUGAGAGUGAUGAGCCCCUCCCCCCCCCAAUCCAGUUUCAUGUGUUGUUUGCUCUGAUGAAUAAAAAAAAAAAGCAAUAAUCUGCAUGUACAUCCAAACAUGGUCAUUACAAGAGGCAGGAAAAUUUAGAAUAAAAACAUGUUUCAACAUGAAACACAGGUGCUGAUCUGUAUGAAUGAUGCACACUGGAAAGCAUUGGAGUAAGCUGUUUUUAUCAUGUUCCACAUACUAUGACAGAACAGCAUUAUCGCCCACAGCCUACUUUGUCUACGUCAAUCAGUCUGUCUACAUCACAGAGCAAUACUGGUUGCUGUUGCACCAUACUGGUUUGAAGUCUUUCAAACUAGGUUUUCUUUUUUUUGUUUUUUUAAAAAGCUUCCAUUUUACUCUACAGAUGAAAAACUAUAAUGCAUUGUAUAAUAUCCAAUUUAUGAGAGUAAUUCUGUUCUAAGAAAUAGAAUCCUACCCUGCCCUCCUUUACAGACCAUGCCAGUUACUCCCUUCCUUCAUUAACGUAAUAAGCUAUUGAUCUGAAAAUAAGGACCACGGAGCUGUGAAUGUGGAAAUAUGUAUUCCAAGUAUAUUUUGCUGCUCUUAAUCUUUAGCCUCUGAGUGCCUAGCAGGUGCACACCAGACACUCGAAUGGUUAAACUUGUGAUUAGUUCGAGGUAAUCUAGCCACAGGGUAACAGGAGAAAAGGUAGUUACCAGUGAUGUAGUAGUAGAACACAUCCUAACAUUCCUAUUUAAAUUAACAAUCCCCCUUUUGUUUAGAUACAGAUGUUCCCUUGGACCGAGGUUAAUGAUGCAUUGAAUGUUUAAGGCUGUUGGAAACAUUGAAUAGAUAAUGCACUGACCUCCUCUGUGCCAGAGGAACAAGAAAGUCUCUUUGAUUGCUGUAGUUUAACUCUUUUCAGUACAUUGGUUUUAAAUGUCUUUGACUGAAAGGCUUAUUUGCGAGCUAUGCAUGCCGGCUGAUGAAUGAAAACAAAAAAGGAAAUAGCAAAUCAUUUUGAACACUUGAUUUCUUUAGUCCCUGUAUUUUACAGUUUAAAAAACAAAGAAUACAUAAAAUAGGACUCAAGCUGAAAUAAAGUUUGAUGUGUUUUUUAUUUUAUUUUAUUUUUUUCCCCCAUCCAUCUCUCCAGAGGUGCACAUACCCAAUGGCAAAUCAAGCCUUUAAAAUAUAGGAUCACAAUGCAGAUGUGGGAAGAACAGUGUGUUUAUACCCCAUAAAUCCAAUUUAAAAAUUUAAUUUUUUCUUUUGGAUAAACAGAAAACACUUCAACAUUUUGGUCCUUUUUAAAGAGCACUCAGAGCACCAUAACCUUUACAGCUCUCUGGUGGUUGUUAUGGCGUAAGAUUUUUAUUCAUUUUUUUUUUUUUUUAAAUAUACUGUGACUCUGGUUUCUGUCAAACUGUUUUUGGAGUGAAUCUUUCACAACAUUAGAGAGGCUUGGGAGCUAGAGGUGCGCUGACUAUCUUAAACGGUUUGACAAAAACAAGGGGCAGUACCAUAGCACCAUAACUACUGUGUAACUACUGUGUAGUUUUUAUGGUGCUUAGAGUGCCUCUUAAAACCUACUGCUCUAGUGAGCUUUCAGUAGUUAGGAAUAAGUAUUCUAACCAAGAUACGUAUGAAUUUUGACCUUAAAUUUUUUUUAAUCCAAUUUUUGCUGUGUUUUUGAUACUUGUUUAUUUUUAACCCUUGUUGAUCUUGGCCAUAGUCUGCAAGAAAUAGAAAUAAAAAAAAAAAAAAACCCUCUUUAAUUUUAUGUGCCUUUGCUUGCAUUUAUGGCUUUGUGGUUACAUUGUAAGGGCGAAGAAAAUGGUACAAAUGGGCUGCUGCGCUCAAGAUACAGUCUGUAGUCUUCAUUUAAUCCCAGUGUCUCAAAAGGCAUUUCUGUGAAGUAAUUGUGUAAUUUAACAACAUUGAAAAGCCACUUUGUGAAUGAAUGGAGGGAAAAAAAUGUUCAUUUUUUUAAUGAAAAACAAAAUGUUAAAAAAAUGAUUUCAAAGGUAUACAAAUAAUUUAUAUAUUUCUUUUGCAACGUUGAGAAUAUUUUAAAAUAUGUGUCCUUUAUUUUUUUUCUUGGCUGGAAAGAAAAAUAAAUUAUACAUAUAAUUGCUAACGGUGUACAUGUGUUUGUGUAUAUGAAAGUUGAAAAAGUCAUGUAAAAUAACCAAAUGUAUGUGAUAAGAUUAUUUUUUUUUUUUUUUUUUUAAAUGCACAUGGCGUUAAAGGACUCUCAAUGCUGAACCUAACGUAACCUAAUAUUUAACACUUUCUCAGUUGGAGCAAUAUGGUUGAGCAUUGAGCUUACUCUAGAAGGCUUUCUGCGGGAUUCAAACGUGUUUAUAUAUUGGCUGGACCAGGAUUCAAUUACGUUAAAGGGGAACCAUCACUUUUCUGUAAACUACACAGUUGAAUAAAACAUUGAAAAUUACCUCCAAUUUCCAUAAAA